AUGAGCAAGGCCACUCAGGGAGCUGAACUUCAGGAGCUGAUCCAGAUCGCAGAAUCUGCAGUUGAUGAGGGAGCUGACACGAAUGCUGACGGUUAGAUUUUCAUAAUGUAUCAUUUAUAUUUCAAAUAACUCUGAAAUGUAAAUGUCACUGAUGAUGGAAUUUACCAUUUUAAUCAGGAUCUCUUCUUUGUUUAGGAUGGGACAGUGACCUUACCUCCAUCCUUCUCCUGCCCCAUUUGAUUCCUCCGUCAUCACAAGGCCGCAAAAGACCAGGCAAGAUGUCUGCCUCCCAAGCUGAACAGCAUCUUGUGAUAUUCCAAAAGGUUUGUAUUGCCAUUCUUAUUCUUGGACAGUGCUGCAGCCGUUAUGAUGAACUAAUGAUGGUGUUCCUUUUGGUCAUCUUCAGGCAGGAACCAGUAUCCAGGAGCACCUUGAUGCGAUUGACCAGAGCCGCCAACCAUAUCUUUUUGCAGUCGGGACCAGGAAGAGCAGAAUCCAUGCUUUCUUCAUCAUCCUGGACAAGCGAGCCUUGCUGUGCAAGUCAACGAGUGCUCUUGGUGCCUUCGAUGAGCUUUUCAAGACUCACUUUGUUUAUGGUACUGCUUACAAUACAAUGCUGCGCAACCUGUACACCUUCAUACAGACAACUGUGUACAACACAGCAUGUUUAACUCAGGGCACAAUUUAAAGAUGGAGUUUACUUUGAUUUGGAAGAUGGACUAUGUAUGAAGAGACAUUCUCUCUUUUCUAAAGAGAAAAAUGCAUUGCAAAUUCAACUCUUUUAUGAUGACUUUGAGACUGCUAAUCCAUUGGCAUCAAGAAAGAGUAUUCACAAGUUGGGAGGUAUAUACUUUACUUUGAGAAAUUUCCCCCCAAAGUUAAAUUCCAUUUUGGUAAAUAUUCACUUAUGUGCACUCUUCCAUACCCAGGACCUUAAAACAUAUGGAUUUGAUUCCAUUCUAGAGCCAAUAGUAAGCGAUUUGAAAGUGCUUGAGACUGAGGGUAUUGAAGUUCCCGUCUUCAGUGGUCGUAUACAUGGCAGUAUUGUCCAAGUAACUGGAGAUAAUCUUGGUAUACAUUGCCUGUUUGGUUUUGUGGAAUCAUUUAGUGCUUGUUAUUGUUGCCGUUUUUGCCUCACUGAGGAAGUGGAUUUUCAAACUGUGUUCUUUGAAGAUGACCCAAAAGUGACUUUACGAACAAAACACAUGCACUCAGAGCAUUGUCAAACUAUUCAGUCAAACCCAACACUACCUCAUGUGUACGGUGUGAAGCAUGCUUGCUUAUUGAACUCUCUGCAGUACUUCAAUACUACAGACAAUAUUUAUGUUGAUAUAAUGCAUGACAUUUUAGAAGGAGUUGCACAAUUUGAGUUAAAACUUGUGUUACAGUAUAUACAAGCCAACUUUGUGACUGCUAAAGAUGUGUACGGUAGAAUUCAAUCAUUUAACUAUGGCUACACAGAGAGGAGGAAUCGUCCACCUGCAGACAAAUUGGAUGAUGGGAGCAAUGAUUUAGGUCUAAAUGCUAUUCAGUCUUGGUGUCUUCUCCGUAAUUUGCCAUUGAUAUUUGGUGAUCUGGUACAGAAAGAUGAUAAAUACUGGCAGCUGCUUCUGUUACAUCUACAAAUUGUAAAUAUUGUGUUUUCUCCUAUACUAACAGAGGGCAUGACUAUCUAUCUGAAGCACUUAAUUGCUGAACAUCAUAGGCUUUUCAAGUAUGUGUUUCCUGAUAGAAAUCUGUUACAGAAACACCACUUCAUGAUACAUUAUCCUCGUUGUAUAAGGAAUAUUGGGCCCAUUCUUCACUCGUGGUGUAUGCGCUACGAGGCAAAACAUAAUUUCUUUAAAAAACAACUGAAGAGUUUUAAGAAUGUCACUAUGACCUUAACCAAGAAACACCAAAAUUACAUGGCAUAUAAUUGGGAAACGUUCAGCCAGGAUAGACCUGCUAUAGGUCCAGGAAAGAUGUCAAGGCUCAAUGACCUGAACGAAGGCCAUGAGAUUGCUGCCAAGUUGAAUGUCUCAGUGCACACAAAUGUUUUCUCAGUUAAAUGGGUAAAGCACCAUGGCACAGAAUAUCAUCUUGAUUUGGUCAUAUGUGGUGAAGUAGUCAUUGAAAUGCCAGUAUUUUACAGAAUUAAGGCUAUUGUUCUGAAAGAGGAAAAUGUUUUUUUGGUUGGGUCAGCUCUUGAAACCUUAUGUUUUGAUGAUAAUUUGCAGGCAUUUAAAGUUGUUUUGAAGCUAAUAUAUUUUCCAUUUACAUGGGGGAAGAGUAAAUAAAUUAACACUGAAUAGAUUUAACACAUUUUUACUCUAAUAGGAGUCACCCUAGAUCAACACUAGUGAGUGUCACUGUAACACUCAGUGUUGAUUACCUCUUAGUGUUACAUUUGAUCAACACCGGCCAGUGUAGUGCAGUGUUAACUUUUUGCACUCCUCAGUGUUAAAUCAACACUAUAAAUGUAACACUUUGAUCAGUGUACUUUUUACUCUGUGGGACCAUAUGUACUCGCUGACAGUGUUAAAUGUAACACUUAAAGUGUUGAUUUAACACUUUCAAAUUUACUGUGUACAAAAAGAUUGUUAGGGAUAAAAAGGGGUUCAAUCUACGUAAUGCCCCACUUACUAAAAGAUUCCGGGUCGUCUAUGACAAGAGAUGACUUUUACCUGACGGGACCACCUUACCCUUUGGUUACUGACUUUAUGUUCCAAUCCUUUUACCUGACGGGACCACCUUACCCUUUGGUUACUGACUUUAUGUUCCAAUCCUUUUACCUGACGGGAUCACCUUACCCUUUGGUUACUGACUUUAUGUUCCAAUCCUUUUACCUGACGGGACCACCUUACCCUUUGGUUACUGACUUUAUGUUCCAAUCCUUUUACCUGACGGGACCACCUUACCCUUUGGUUACUGACUUUAUGUUCCAAUCCUUUUACCUGACGGGACCACCUUACCCUUUGGUUACUGACUUUAUGUUACAAUCCUUUUACCUGACGGGACCACCUUACCCUUUGGUUACUGACUUUAUGUUCCAAUCCUUUUACCUGACGGGACCACCUUACCCUUUGGUUACUGACUUUAUGUUCCAAUCCUUUUACCUGACGGGACCACCUUACCCUUUGGUUACUGACUUUAUGUUCCAAUCCUUUUACCUGACGGGACCACCUUACCCUUUGGUUACUGACUUUAUGUUCCAAUCCUUUUACCUGACGGGACCACCUUACCCUUUGGUUACUGACUUUAUGUUCCAAUCCUUUUACCUGACGGGACCACCUUACCCUUUGGUUACUGACUUUAUGUUCCAAUCCUUUUACCUGACGGGACCACCUUACCCUUUGGUUACUGACUUUAUGUUCCAAUCCUUUUACCUGACGGGACCACCUUACCCUUUGGUUACUGACUUUAUGUUCCAAUCCUUUUACCUGACGGGACCACCUUACCCUUUGGUUACUGACUUUAUGUUCCAAUCCUUUUACCUGACGGGACCACCUUACCCUUUGGUUACUGACUUUAUGUUACAAUCCUUGUGUGUCUUAACCCUGAAGAUACAAUGGAUGCUGUAGAAGGUUUUGAUCCUUGGUUGCAACUACCAUUUUCAGCCUUAAUUGCAGGACCAUCCAAUAGCGGUAAAACUUGUUUUGUAAAAAGUAUUUUAGAGAAUUCUGAACAUGUAUUAUCUCAGAAACCUGACAAUAUCGUGUGGUGUUAUUCAUGUUGAUACAAAUACAUGUUGAAGAUAAUGUUCUGCAUGACAUGUUGACACAUGUUCCAGCACUUAACCGGAGAAAUGUUAGAUACAUUAUGAACAAAAUAAAAGACUCCAAGGGGGGCCGCUACUUGGAAUGACAAAGGAGAGUUUAUCUUUCAGGGGGAUGUUGUCAAGGAUUCUCAUAUGAUGGACUUGCUUAAAAGUAUCACUGCAUCUCACAAGAUUGUGGAUGAUAGGAGAACUCCGGGGAUGGCGUCAGUUUCUUAAAGCCAUGGCAGUCCUAAAGAUGUUAUUGGAACCCCUCCCCCCUUUGAAUGGGUUAAUAAUACCUCCUAUGUGGAUGAACCCUCACCCCUGACCUCCUCCGGACCUUUUCCUAAUCCUGAUCUCUCAGCAUGGUUAGACUUUUGAAUGACUUUUGAUUAAAUUCAAUAAAUGUAAUUUCAAUGAAAUGAUACAAUUUAACAUUUUGUGACAUUCUUUAAACAUUUGACGUGAGCAUACACAUUGAUUAUAGGGUCUUAAAGGACAUAUACUUAAACACUUUUGACAAUUUCUAACAAAACGAUCUACUGUGCUAUUAUUACUGCUUAAAUCAUCAUUAUAAAGAGACAUAAAAUCUUCAAAACAAACUCCACAGGCUCUUUGACACAGGUAGAAUACACAGCGUUGACCACAUGUAGUAGAAAGGUUAUCUUGUACUUGUUUGAUGCUGUAGUAGAGCUUUGAUCCAUUUUUGUUAAGAAACUGUUUAAUAGAUGGGGGAAAUGAGAAAAUCCAGGGGAGGAAGCCAUAGGAAUCAAAAAGGUUGAGGUCUUUCUACCUCUUUCGUCAUCUUCUAAUGUCACAGCUAACCAAUGUUCACCACGCAUGUGUUUAGGAUGGGUAUUGACAAUAAACAUGGCAGGUCGAUCCUGCCAUUUCUCAAUAGGUAGUUCAUCACAAACCCAUACUCCACUAAAUUGUUUUCCGAUCAAGCGGCUCAUGAGACCUUGUAGCUCUUGGGUAUUCAUGUUUUGAUCAUUGAUCCUUAAUAUCUUAAUUAAUAUUAACAUUAACAUUCACUUCCAAGAUUGAAUCAGAGCAUGCAUAAACAAUCAUACUAACUGUACGAUCUAAAGGUGUACGGAAGAACAUUUACAGCCUGUUGGACACCACAGAUAGAUUUCCUGAGGUGUCUUCAUCCUGUGAUAAAUUGAAAGCAUACAAUGUGUAACCCUCUGCAAAAAAUCAUUUCUGCCAAUAGGUAAAAACAGAUAUUUUAGAUGCCUCCCUGUAGCCAGGAAUAGAUUGUAAAAUUCUCGCACGGAUAUGUUGUUAUUGAAUUGUGGUUGGAAGGCCUUAGCUGGGACCUGACGUCCGUCCUGACAGACAGCUACAUACUCUGCAUUGAAAAGCUGAAAAUUAAAGGGUUUUUUAUGUAAGCUGCCUGUAUUAGAGGCAUGAUCAACCAAUCCUAUAACUAUGUAACGGGGUAAUGGGCCGAAUCUAGAACUAGGCUGAAUGUUGUCAUGGUAAUUCUUUGGAGAAGGUAAAGGGCAUUUCCUUUAAUCAAAGCCUGUGAGUGACCCAAUCGAACGGCUGGAGAUACAGACACCUUUUUAAUAAAAAGCGUAGCCCCCAACACUUUUAAACUAAAGUCACCGUCUUGUGCAGCCAUCAGACAAAACUCCUCCUUGGCCCUUGUUAAUUUUAACCUUAAAUCAACCGAAUUUAAGAGUAAACGUUCUUGAAAGAAAAUGUCAGAAUGUAUAGGUCCUAGCGGAUGAAACUCUCGGGAAGCUGCACAGUAUACCGCACAUGCCUCCAGUCCUUUGUUUUCACCAUUCGUGGGGUCCAUGGAUUCCAUAGAAGCUCCAGCAGUAUCCUUGCUAAACAGCCCAGCGCUGAAUUGUGUCUUCGGAGUAGUUUAGUAAACAUUCCAGGAUAGCACUAUAAGGAUAGGUAGAACUGCUUUGACGUUCACCCAAAGUCACAUCUACUUGGGAGAAGAUGGUAGCCAAGAGAUAAUUAACGAGGCUCACCUUGGCAUCAUUUGCAAUAUUUUUCUCAUUUAGCAGACGCGCUUAUCCAGAACAACUUACAGGAGCAAUUAGGGUUAAGUGCCUUGCUUAAGGGCACAUCAACAGAUUUUUCACCUAGUCGGCUCAGGGAUUAGAACCAGCGACCUUUCGGUUACUGGCACAACGCUCUUAACCACUAAGCUACCUGCCGCCCCAAUAUUAGUCCCAUCUCUUUUGGUCACUCUGAGACGUAAAUGUAAUAAGGUGUUGUUGAGGUCCAGGUAGUUGUCACCAUGGCCUGGGAUGAAAAACUAUAUAGGUCCAUUGUCUGUAAUGGCAGAGAGUGGGGCUAUCUCCACAUUACAGGACCUAUCUAUUGAAAAUUGGGUUAAGGGGGUCGUGAAAAGAUCGAGCUCUGUUUUUAUAGCUUCAGAGGACAUCUGGUGUAAAAGAGUCCAUGUUGAUUGUUCUUUUAGAAAACGCUUCUGAGUAUUAUUUUUGCAGUUUUUGGUCGAGACCUCCUCACUUUACGUCGUCUUUGACUUACUGACUUUCUUCCAGCGGUUAACCUCCGCUUUUUAAGGGCGGGCAUACGUCUUAUACCCGGAGGUCUCUUUUUUGGUCUUCGAGACAACAGCAUGAGGCCUGAGCCUUCUUGAUGUUCAGGAUCUGAUGACGCACGUCUAGUCAUAGCAUUAGCCACCACCUCACUUACUAUAUUUUCAGCUGCUGAUUUAGAGUGAGGUUUGGCUAUGCUAAUGCCUCUCUUCAUAAAGGGUAUAACCAUCCUAAAGAAGUUACGAAAUAUAGCCCCUAUCCCCAAACCAUACAUGGUCUGGGUUCCAUAAUAACCGGGUAAUCCAUUACCCAGUUGAUCAACAUAGUAUGAUACAUAGCGGUUAGGAUCGAGAUGGUGGUUGUGUACCAUAACCAUUUUUAUUAUGAUUAUAUAUAAGAAAUGUUUUUGAUCUGUAGAGAAGCUUUGACAGGUCUAAAGUGGAGUUUUACAAUCACUUUACCAUAAGUAAACUCUAUAUUUUGGUUCUGAUCCGUUUUAAUCUCAACCUGGAUGUUUUCAAUAUAUUUCUUGCUUACAGGUACGUAGUGUGGCUUGUCAUAGUUAACACUGACUACAUCCCCAUCCUUUCCAUCAAUAUGAACUGUUCGCAGGAGGGGUACAUAACUCUCUCCUACUCUUUGAUAGGAUAUGAUGUCGGUAUGCACAAACAUGUUGUAAAACCCUGCAUGUAUAUCCACAGGGUAUGUGAAUAAUCUAUCUGUCACAGCCACCCAUUUAUUGGGCUUCAUCCCCAACAUGUAGGAUAAAUUACCACUGGUCUGUAUAUCUAGCUCAUCAUCCGCUGUGAUUUGUACACGUUUUUGAAUAGAGAGGUAGGUCAACAGUAAUUUCAUAUGGUUCAGGGCUAGGAGGCCGUUCAUCUCAAAGAUGAUCCUCUCUACAGUUCUAUAGAAUCCUUUUUUAAGCUUAAUAGGUUUAGGGAGUUCAGAUAUCCUUUUAAAAUAAAAAUCACGGUCCUUUUCCUUGACUUUAUACCAACUAUGGGGGUAUGUAAUCUCGCUGAGACCUACUUCCCUGGCCUCUGAUAACUCUAUAGGUUUUGGAAAAUGGUUGGUUGUAUAAUCCAAACUUUUGUUAUUCAGAUUUAUAUCUGCAGAUGAAUUACUGGGGAGAGUCAGGUAAAAUCCACGGUGCUCCAUGAUGCACUCCAGUGUACACUCGAAUGGAAGUUUCUUUAUCAUGCAUGAGGGUUUAAGUCUACGCCCCCUGCCUCCACUUCCUCUUCCUCUAAUACCCAACUGUUGAACUUUUGGGGACAGUUGUUCCAAUGGACCAACACCCAUGUUUUACCAUUUUCUCUCUUUUGAUCCAGAAUCUCCUCCACAUUAAAGACUUUGUCAUUACCCAUCUUUACCUUCUGGAGUUCCUUCUCAUAAAAGGAACCCUCUAUAUGCUCCCCAUCAUAAUCUUUUAACUUGUAGACAGGAGGUAUACGGGGUAAACAUUCUGUAACUGUGAACAGCUCAUUGCUGUAACCUUGCUCAUAUUUUUUGUCGAAAACACCCCUCAACUUGGAGAUAUGUACCAAGUCACCCACUAUGAAUUUAAAAUCAAUGUUUUUCUUACGGCGAAGGGGGAACAUUCCAUACAGAUUCUUAAAGACUUUAAAAUAGUUUUCUGAAGACACCUCAGAGGGCUUCAUACAUAUACUCUUGUUAUAGCUGUAGUUAUAGCCCUUUACUAAAUCUUAAACUAUAUCCACAUAUCUACGGGUGUUGUGAGCCGUAUUUCCACAUCCUCUCCUUCAAAGUCCUGUUAAAGCGUUCAACCACCGAAGCUUUCAAAUCCGAGCCUGUAGCAAAAUGUACUAUAUUGUGAUUAUUCAUGAGUUUCUGAAAAGGCAUAUAAAAAAAACGUUGACCGCCGUCAGUCUGCACUUUCUUGGGUGUUUCUCCUUCCUCCAAGAUAGAGUCAAAGGCCCGGGUCACCUCUGCCCCACUCUUAUUUUUUAAGACCCUUACAAAAGCUAUUUUAGAGAAAAUGUCUAUAAUCGUUAGCAUGUAUCGAUUUCCAUCAUUUUUAUCGGCAAGUGCCUGCAUGUCACAUAGAUGAGCCUGAAACUGUGAUAAGGGAUGAGCAGAAAAAAACUAUAUUUUGAGGAAAUUGUUUUUGCACAGGUUUAUGCAAAGUGUAAGCAUCCUGCUCUACUAGCCAAUCGUUUAUUUUAUCAUUGCUUAACCUGCUGCCUGUUUCUUCAGCUAUAGCUCUUUGGAACCUCUCCUUUCCACCCAAAGACUCCGGGUUGGAGGGGGUAUAAUACAUGGUUUUCAUCAGCUGCUCAGCCAUCCUUCUUGCCUCAUUGAUCGCAAUAACAUUAAUGCACCCAUUUCAAAUAACAAUCAGUUUUUGCAUACAUUUUUAUGUAUUACGUAUCCAUACAAUUUAGGAUAUGUAGCAAGAGAUUAUUACCCAUUUUCUCAAUGACCAUGGCAUGCAAUACAUGGUACACUUGGUUUACAUUUACAGGCUUAUAUCUCUGAAUUUUUGAAACACAUACAGUUCCAGUCAAAAAUUUGGGCACACCUACUCAUUCAUGGGUUUUUCUUUAUUUUUACUAUUUUUUACAUUGUAGGAUAAUAGUGAAGACAUCAAAACUAUGAAAUAACACAUAUGGAAUCAUGUAGUAAGCAAAGAAGUGUUAAACAAAUCAAGGGGGGGGUAUACAGAAGAUAGCCCUAUUUGGUAAAAGACCAAGUCCAUAUUAUGGCAAGAACAGCUCAAAUAAGCAAAGAGAAACGACAGUCCAUCAUUACUUUAAGACAUGAAGGUCAGUCAAUACGGAAAAUUUCAAGAACUUUGAAAGUUUCUUCAAGUGCAGUCGCAGAAACCAUCAAGCAGUAUGAUGAAACUGGCUCUCAUGAGGACCACCACAGGAAUGGAAGACCCAGAGUUACCUCUGCUGCAGAGGAUAAGUUCAUUAGAGUUACCAGCCUCAGAAAUUGCAGCCCAAUAAAUGCUUCACAGAGUUCAAGUAACAGACACAUCUCAACAUCAACUGACAUCAGCUGUUCAGAGGGGACUGUGUGAAUCAGGCCUUCUUGGUCGAAUUGCUGCAAAGAAACCACUACUAAAGGACACCAAUAAUAAGAAGAGACCUGCUUGGGCCAAGAAACACAAGUCCAAAUUGGAGAUUUUUGUUUCCAACCGCUGUGUCUUUGUGAGACGCAGUGUGGGUGAAUGGAUGAUCUCCGCAUGUGUAUUUCCCACCGUAAAGCAUGGAGGAGGAGGUGUUAUGGUGUGGGGUGCUUUGCUGGUGACACAGUAUGUGAUUUAUUUAGAAUUCAAGGCACACUUAACCAGCAUGGCUACCACAGCAUUCUGUAGCGAUACGCCAUCCCAUCUAGUUUGGGCUUAGUGGGACUAUCAUUUGUUUUUCAACAGGACAAUGACCCGACACACCUCCAGGCUGUUUAAGGGCUAUUUGACCAAGAAGGAGAGUGAUGGAGUGCUGCAUCAGAUGACCUGGCCUCCACAAUCACCUGACCUCAACCCAAUUGAGAUGGUUUGGGAUGAGUCGGACGGCAGAGUGAAGGAAAAGCAGCCAACAAGUGCUCAGCAUAUGUGGGAACUCCUUCAAGACUGUUGGAAAAGCAUUCCAGGUGAAGCUGGUUGAGAGAAUGCCAAGAGUUUGCAAAGCUGUCGUCAAGGCAAAGGGUGGCUAUUUGAAGAAUCUCAAAUAUAAAAUAUAUUUUGAUUUGUUUAACACUUUUUUGGUUACUACAUUAUUCCAUAUGUGUUAUUUCAUAGUUUUGAUGUCUUCACUAUUAUUCUACAGUGUAGAAAAUAGUAAAAAUAAAGAAAAACCCUUGAAUUAAUAGGUGUGUCCAAACUUUUGACUGGUACUGUACAUCCGUUAUAUAAGUAUAUAAACAAGAAAUAUGAUACAUGUUACAAUUAAAGGAUAGAUCAAACAAAUAAACUAAAAUCUUAGACAAGGCUGUUUCUAGUUCUUCAGAAUCAUCCCCAAGACAUGAGACCAGUUGUGACCAUUGUCUUCCGACAUUUGUCUUACAUGACUCGUGAUUUUUUCAACUUUUAACACAUGCUCUGCAUUAACCCCUGUGUUGUUGGCUGUGUAGAGCGAGGCAUUGGCCACUUUAUUUUCAAUCAUUUGUUUCAUAAGAGUUGUACAUUUUCUCAAAAAAAUUUUUUUAGUUAUUCUCUCUAACAUAUUAUGCAAAUAGUUCCCUAUUACUUUAUGUAAUAAAAAAAUAAACAAAUUAAAGUUAUUCGUUUUCUUGGGGCUUAUUGAGCUAGAAAGUCACCACAUCCGCCACCAAAGUUUCCUAGUCUUUGUUGUCGUCCACCAGUGAUUUCUUUGAGUUUCUCAUGGAUGAAGAUCGACUCCUUCAGUUCAUGUAGAAAAGCCUCUGUUACACCAUAAACCCUAGAAUUAGAUGGUACAAAACCCACAGAGUCCAGGGCUCUGUUAUAAAACGAUCGGACCACAGUCUUUUCACCAGUUCAUCAAAGUGGUUGAAGAAGAAGUACUUGGGUGGGUCAUAUAAACAAGGAUGUCGUCGCUGGCUGGGAUGAUUGAUCUUACAACCUUAGCAUGUUUCUCUUUUAUACUCUCCAAUCACCACAUCUAAAAGUGUGGCUACAGAGGCCUUGAUGGUAUCCACAAAAAUAGUACUGACCACCCCAUCAAACACAUCCUCAUGAUGUACAGUGGGGAAAAAAAGUAUUUAGUCAGCCACCAAUUGUGCAAGUUCUCCCACUUAAAAAGAUGAGAGAGGCCUGUAAUUUUCAUCAUAGGUACACAUCAACUAUGACAGACAAAUUAGAAAUAUAAAUACAGAAAAUCACAUUGUAGGAUUUUUAAUGAAUUUAUUUGCAAAUUAUGGUGGAAAAUAAGUAUUUGGUCAAUAACAAAGUUUCUCAAUACUUUGUUAUAUACCCUUUGUUGGCAAUGACACAGGUCAAACGUUUUCUGUAAGUCUUCACAAGGUUUUCACACACUGUUGCUGGUAUUUUGGCCCAUUCCUCCAUGCAGAUCUCCUCUAGAGCAGUGAUGUUUUGGGGCUGUCGCUGGGCAACACGGACUUUCAACUCCCUCCAAAGAUUUUCUAUGGGGUUGAGAUCUGGAGACUGGCUAGGCCACUCCAGGACCUUGAAAUGCUUCUUACGAAGUCCACUCCUUCGUUGCCCGGGCGGUGUGUUUGGGAUCAUUGUCAUGCUGAAAGACCCAGCCACGUUUCAUCUUCAAUGCCCUUGCUGAUAGAAGGAGGUUUUCACUCAAAAUCUCACGAUACAUGGCCCCAUUCAUUCUUUCCUUUACACGGAUCAGUCGUCCUGGUCCCUUUGCAGAAAAACUGCCCCAAAGCAUGAUGUUUCCACCCCCAUGCUUCACAGUAGGUAUGGUGUUCUUUGGAUGCAACUCAGCAUUCUUUGUCCUCCAAACACGACAAGUUUAGUUUUUACCAAAAAGUUCUAUUUUGGUUUCAACUGACCAUAUGACAUUCUCCCAAUCCUCUUCUGGAUCAUCCAAAUGCAAACUUCAGACGGGCCUGGACAUGUACUGGCUUAAGCAGGGGGACACGUCUUGCACUGCAGGAUUUGAGUCCCUGGCGGCGUAGUGUGUUACUGAUGGUAGGCUUUGUUACUUUGGUCCCAUCUCUCUGCAGGUCAUUCACUAGGUCCCCCCGUGUGGUUCUGGGAUUUUUGCUCACCGUUCUUGUGAUCAUUUUGACCCCACGGGGUGAGAUCUUGCGUGGAGCCCCAGAUCGAGGGAGAUUAUCAGUGGUCUUGUAUGUCUUCCAUUUCCUAAUAAUUGCUCCCGCAGUUGAUUUCUUAAAACCAAGCUGCUUACCUAUUGCAGAUUCCGUCUUCCCAGCCUGGUGCAGGUCUACAAUUUUGUUUCUGGUGUCCUUUGACAGCUUUUUGGUCUUGGCCAUAGUGGAGUUUGGAGUGUGACUGUUUGAGGUUGUGGACAGGUGUCUUUUAUACUGAUAACAAGUUCAAACAGGUGCCAUUAAUACAGGUAACGAGUGGAGGACAGAGGAGCCUCUUAAAGAAGAAGUUACAGGUCUGUGAGAGCCAGAAAUCUUGCUUGUUUGUAGGUGACCAAAUACUUAUUUUCCACCAUAAUUUGCAAAUAAAUUCAUUAAAAAUCCUACAAUGUGAUUUUCUGGAUUUUUUUCCUCAAUUUGUCUGUCAUAGUUGACGUGUACCUAUGAUGAAAAUUACAGGCCUCUCUCAUCAUUUUAAGUGGGAGAACUUGCACAAUUGGUGGCUGACUAAAUACUUUUUUCCCCCACUGUAUAUGUAGGGGGUGUCGGAGGGCAUGAAUGGGGUGAGUAGAAGGGAGGGCUGAGACGCAUAUCCGAGUCCUUAGGGUUUGGUACCCACGCCAUAUUGGAGUCCUCAGAUGGUAUAUGAAUAUCCAUGGUAUAUGAUGAAAUGAAGACCCAAAGGGGGAUGUUAACCAUCUUUUAUUGUUGAACCCUUCCUUUGGGCUCGGGGCGUGGUUAACGUACCACCAACAUACUUAGUUUCAUUCAGGGGUUGACCCUUCUGGGGCCUCGUUUGAAUCAAUAUCCGUAGUAUCCAUAGGUAUAAUGCACUUCCUUAGUUUAACAAUACUCUGCCUGGGUUGGCUCUGUAAGAAGAGAGCAUUCCACCAAUAGGAAAAACGCCAAGGGGAAUGAAUACUUUUGCAAGGCACUGUAUGUCCUCUCAGACCGUUGGUCUGGAGUAGGACUAGAUAGAGUUAAAUACAGGAUUGGGUGGUGGGUUUUUUAGAGAGAGGGCCAUUUUCCUUUUUCCCAAUUUUGUUUUACUGUAUCAAAUAAUAUAAUGUAGGUAGGCUGUGAAUGGCCUCACACACCAGUACAAUAGGUGGCGGUGUAAGUACAUAACAGUUGGAUGCGAUCCGCCAACCAAAUCCCAAAGAAGAAGAUAACGUAUUUUUUUUUUUGGACCAAGGCCACAACACUCCUGCCCCACAGAGUGUUUGCCUGCCCACUACUGGACAAGAAAGUAAUGACACCGGUAGUCGCAUUUUGACGAGCGGAUGCUGCGACGUCACGGUUUUGGUCAGCGCGGCAAGUCUAGUAACAACUUUCGCAGCUAAAAAAAAUAAGGUAAUUUUUGUUCUGCAUGAUGCCUUAGUACACUCUUCACAUAUUGCAAGUGUUGGUCGUUGUGUUCACAUGUCAAAUUGUGAAAAAUAAAUCGCUGAUAGUCCAAGCUAACGUUAUCUUUCCAAGUUUGCUAGCUUGUCAGACAUUAUCUCCACCCCGUUUGCCCAAUUUUGUACUGCUAAUCACACAUGCCCAUGUAGUCCAAAUCGAUACUGUGCUUUUGCAAUGUUUCCAAAUGAAUAGCUAGCUUCUAGGCUGCAAUAUACAGAGUGUACAAAACAUUAAGAACACCUUCCUACUAUUGAGUUUGCCCUCACAGUGCCUCAAUUCGUCCAGGCGUGGACUCUACAAUGUGUCGAAAGCGUUCCACAGGGAUGCUGGCCCAUUUGACUCCAAUCCUUUUGGCUGGAUGUCCUUUGGGUGGUGGACCAUUAUUAAUACAUACUGGAAACUGUUGAGCGUGAAAAACCCAGCAGCGUUGCCGUUCUUGAUACAAACCGGUGGGCCUGGCACCUACUACCAUAAGCAAUUCAAAGGUACUUAGAUAUUUAGUCUUGCCCAUUCAACGUCUGAAUAGCACACAUACACAAUCCAUGUCUCAAUUGUAUCAAGGUUGAACAUUUUGGCCAACCCGACCAAAUUCACAUAGAAAUGUGAGUUUUAGAUGAUCUUCUUCAUCGAAAGUAAGUCUAAGAAACGGCAGACUGUUCUAUGUGAGCUAUUUCCGUGUUUCCAAUUAAGUUUCGUUUCCGUUUUGUACACGAACUUCAAACAGCUGAAAAUACAAUAUUUUUGGUUAUGGAAAAUAUAUUUCACAGCGGUUUGGAUGGUACAAUGAUUCUCUACACUUGGGAAAGUAUUCAGACUUUUUCCACAUUUUAUUCUAAAAUUGAUUAAAUAGUUGUUUUUUUUUACUCAUCAAUCAACACACAAUACCCCAUAACGACAAAGCAAAAACAGGUUUGUAGAAAUUUGAGCAAAUAAAAAAUAAUCUGAAAUUACAUUUUACAUAAGUAUUCAGACCCUUUACUCAGCACUUUGUUGAAGUACCUUUGGCAGUGAUUACAGCCUUGAGUCUUUCCAAAUCAUGUCCAAUCAAUUGAAUUUACCACAGGUGGACUCCAAUCAAGUUGUAGAAACAUCUCAAGGAUGAUCAAUGAAAACAGGAUGCACCUGAGCUCAAUUUCGUGUCUCAUAGCAAAGGGUCUGAAUACUUAUGUAAAUAAGGUAUUUCUGUUUUAUUUUUUAUACAUUUGCAAAAAUGUUUAAACCUGUUUUCACUUCGUCAUAAUGGGGUAUUGUGUGUAGAUUGCUGAGGAUUAUUUAUUUUUAAAAUCCAUUUUAGAAUAAGGCUGUAACGUAACAAAGUGGAAAAAGUCAAGGGGUCUGAAUACUUUCCGAAGGCACUGUACAUUCAUGUGUUGUCACAAAUUGAAAUUAGGCAAACUAGAAUUUUAGCAAACAGGAAAUGGCGGAGCGAUUUCUGCAUAGUGCAGCUUUAACCUGUCUCCUCCCCUUCAUCUACACUGAUUUGAAGUGGACAUCAAUAAGGGAUCAUAGCUUUCUCCUGGUCGGUCUGUCAUGGAAAGAGCAGGUGUUCUUAAUGUUUUGUACAUUGUGUAGAGCUAAACACAUUACAUCACACGAUGGGUUAGCUAGCAAACGUUAAACAAAGAUCUGACCAGAGAGACUAGGGGGUGUUUUCCCGAGCCAGCUACAUGCAUGUUUGCCCAUUCAGUAAUUAAAUUACUUUUGCUAUCAGAAGUUGGCAUCUGCUGAGAUUGCUAAUUUAAGUUCUUGUUCCCCAGCUGAACCCAAUAAAGGUGCAAAGAUGUCCAGAAUUGAGAAGAUGAGCAUCCUCGGUGUGAGGAGCUUUGGAGUGGAAGACAAAGACAAACAAGUCAUAUCAUUCUUUAAUCCCUUGACUGUGUUAGUGGGACCCAAUGGUGCUGGUAAAACGGUAAGUUGCAUGAUGUAUACAGCCUGUAUGCUGCCCUGCAGAAAAAAAGGUAGUAUCACAUAGCAUUACAUUAAUUGACAUUACAUUUACAUUACAUUUUAGUCAUUUAGCAGACGCUCUUAUCCAGAGCGACUUACAGGAGCAAUUAGGGUUAAGUGCCUUGCUCAAGGGCACAUUAACGUCAUUUAGCAGACGCUCUUAGCCAGAGCGACUCGCAAAUUGGUGCGUUCACCCUAUAGCCAGUGGGAUAACCACUUUACAAUUGGGGGGGGGGGGGGGGGGGGGGGGGGUUAGAAGGAACACUUUAUCCUAUCCCAGGUAUUCCUUAAAGAGGUGGGGUUUCAAAUGUCUCCGGAAGGUGGUGAGUGACUCCGCUGUCCUGGCGUCGUGAGGGAGCUUGUUCCACCAUUGGGGUGCCAGAGCAGCGAACAGUUUUGACUGGGCUGAGCGGGAGCUAUGCUUCCGCAGAGGAAGGGGAGCCAGCAGGCCAGAGGUGGAUGAACGUAAUGCCCUCGUUUGGGUGUAGGGACUGAUCAAAGCCUGAAGGUACAGAGGUGCCGUUCCCCUCACUGCUCCAUAGGCAAGCACCAUGGUCUUGUAGCGGAUGCGAGCUUCAACUGGAAGCCAGUGGAGUGUGCGGAGGAGGGGGGUGACGUGAGAGAACUUGGGAAGGUUGAACACCAGACGGGCUGCGGCAUUCUGGAUGAGUUGUAGGGGUUUAAUGGCACAGGCAGGGAGGCCAGCCAACAGCGAGUUGCAGUAGUCCAGACGGGAGAUGACAAGUGCCUGGAUUAGGACCUGUGCCGCUUCCUGUGUAAGGCAGGGUCGUACUCUCCGAAUGUUGUAGAGCAUGAACCUGCAGGAGCGGGUCACCGCCUUGAUGUUGGCGGAGAACGACAGGGUGUUGUCCAGGGUCACGCCUAGGCUCUUCGCACUCUGGGAGGAGGACACAGCGGAGUUGUCAACCGUGAUGGCGAGAUCAUGGAACGGGCAGUCCUUCCCCGGGAGGAAGAGCAGCUCCGUCUUGCCAGGGUUCAGCUUGAGGUGGUGAUCAGUCAUCCAUACUGAUAUGUCUGCCAGACAUGCAGAGAUGCGAUUCGCCACCUGGUUAUCAGAAGGGGGAAAGGAGAAGAUUAGUUGUGUAUCGUCAGCGUAGCAAUGAUAGGAAAGGCCAUGUGAGGAUAUGACAGAGCCAAGUGACUUGGUGUAUAGGGAGAAAAGGAGAGGGCCUAGAACUGAGCCCUGGGGGACACCAGUGGUGAGAGCACGUGGUGCGGAGACAGCUUCUCGCCACGCCACUUGGUAGGAGCGACCGGUCAGGUAGGACGCAAUCCAGGAGUGAGCCGCGCCGGAGAUGCCCAGCUCGGAGAGGGUGGAGAGGAGGAUCUGAUGGUUCACAGUAUCAAAGGCAGCAGACAGGUCUAGAAGGACAAGAGCAGAGGAGAGAGAGUUAGCUUUAGCAGUGCGGAGAGUCUCAGUGACACAGAGAAGAGCAGUCUCAGUUGAAUGACCAGUCCUGAAACCUGAUUGGUUUGGAUCAAGAAGGUCAUUCUGAGAGAGAUAGCAAGAGAGUUGGCUAAAGACGGCACGCUCAAUAGUUUUGGAAAGAAAAGAAAGAAGGGAUACUGGUCUGUAGUUGUUGACAUCAGUGGGGUCGAGUGUUGGUUUUUUGAGAAGGGGAGCAACUCUCGCUCUCUUGAAGACGGAAGGGACAUGGCCAGCGGUCAAGGAUGAGUUGAUCAGCGAGGUGAGGUAGGGGAGAAGGUCACCGGAGAUGGUCUGGAGAAGGGAGGAGGGGAUGGGGUCAAGCGGGCAGGUUGUUGGGCGGCCUGCAGUCACAAGUCGCAGGAUUUUAUCUGGAGAGAGAGGGGAGAAAGAAGUCAAAGCAUAGGGUAGGGCAGUGUGAGCAGGACCAGCAGUGUCAUUAGACUUAACAAACGAGGAUCGGAUGUCGUCAACCUUCUUUUCAAAGUGGUUGACGAAGUCAUCUACAGAGAGAGAGGAGGGGGGGAGGGGGGGGGGGGGGGGGGGGGGGAUUCAGGAGGGAGGAAAAUGUGGCAAAGAGCUUCCUAGGGUUAGAGGCAGAUGCUUGGAAUUUAGAGUGGUAGAAGGUGGCCUUAGCAGCAGAAACAGAUGAAGAAAAUGUAGAGAGGAGGGAGUGAAAAGAUGCCAGGUCGGCAGGGAGUUUAGUUUUCUUCCAUUUCCGCUCCGCUGCCCGGAGCUCUGUUCUGUGAGCUCGCAAUGAGUCAUCAAGCCACGGAGCUGGAGGGGAGGACCGAGCCGGAGGGGAGGACCGAGCCGGCCGGGAGGAUAGGGGACACAGAGAGUCAAAGGAUGCAGAAAGGGAGGAAAGGAGGGUUGAGGAGGCAGAAUCAGGAGAUUGGAGGGAGAAGGAUUGAGCAGAGGGCAGAGAUGAUAGGAUGGAAGAGGAGAGAGUAGUGGGAGAGAGAGAGCGAAGGUUGCGGCGGCGCAUUACCAUCUGUGUAGGGGCAGAGUGAGUAGUGUGGGAGGAGAGCGAGAGAGAAAAGGAAACAAAGUAGUGGUCAGAGACAUGGAGGGGAGUUGCAGUGAGAUUAGUAGAGGAGCAGCAUCUAGUGAAGAUGAGGUCAAGCGUAUUGCCUGCCUUGUGAGUAGGGGGGGACGGUGAGAGGGUGAGGUCAAAAGAGGAGAGGAGUGGAAAGAAGGAGGCAGAGAGAAAUGAGUCAAAUGUGGACAUAGGGAGGUUGAAAUCCCCCAAAACUGUGAGGGGUGAGCCAUCCUCAGGGAAGGAACUUAUCAAGGCGUCAAGCUCAUUGAUGAACUCUCCAAGGGAACCUGGAGGGCGAUAGAUGACAAGGAUAUUAAGCUUAAAUGGGCUAGUGACUGUGACAGCAUGGAAUUCAAAUGAGGAGAUAGACAGAUGGUAGGGAAAAUGAGAUCCACUUGGGAGGAUGCGCGAUGUACCACACCAUGACCAGGCUUCGGGAUAGAACACAUGUCAACCAGGGACACUAUUACCAUAGAGAGGGAUCAUUAGCCGAUGAGGCGAUAAAUACAAACCCUGAUCACACUUCUUGAUGGGAUAGUGGGUGUGAUAGAUACACAGUAUUGCAUGAUUUUGACCUAGCCUGCUUCAAUUUGUUGGUGUGUAUUGCAGACAGUUAACUAUGCUGGUAGAUUUAAGGGCUUAUGUUAAUCCACCUUUUUCCUCCUCUGGCCACAGACUAUCAUUGAGUGUCUGAAGUAUGUAACAGCCGGUGAAUUUCCCCCAGGAAGCAAAGGGAAUACAUUUGUUCAUGAUCCAAAGGUGAGGACCUCUGUCCAUCUUGGUUGGCUUUGUAAGUGAGUUUGUUUAUACAUCAAGGCAAAGCAGAGAAAUAUUAAUGUUUAUGGUUUGUCAACAUUACUCAUAACGAAGGCCUGGAGUUUUUUCUUGUCAGCGAAAACCCUUUUGUAUAACAUCCUCCUUGACAUAUCCAGUUCCUAGGCCCUGGUUUUCAUGCAUAAGCGGUACCUAAUAUUGUCUUUGGUGUGUUAGGAUGCUCAUGAGACUGACGUGCGAGCUCAGAUCCGACUGCAGUUCACCGACCUAAAUGGAGAGAAGGUGGCAGUUCAAAGGUCCAUGCAGGCAACACAGAAGGGCAAGAAGACUGAGUUCAGAAGUCUGGAGGGGGUCAUCACCAGGAUCAAGUGAGUUUAAGCGUCACUCUACCUUAACCACAGAAUAUGUUCAAGAGAAGUGGCAGAAGCUAUAUUGUACACAGGGCCGGCCCGCCCAUUAGGCAGGAUUAGGCAGCCACCUAGGGCAGCAGAUUUACGAGGGCGGCAUUUUCCGAGCUAAACUGAUCUACGCACCUCCAACAACACAUAACACGUCACAUAAUUCUGUCCAAAAACAAUGAAAACAUAUACAUAAACUCAGCAAAAAAGAAACGUCCUCUCACUGUCAACUGCGUUUAUUUUCAGCUAACUUAACAUGUGUAAAUAUUUGUAUGAACAUAACAAGAUUCAACAAUUGAGACAUAAACUGAACAAGUUCCACAGACAUGUGACUAACAGAAAUUGAAUAAUGUGUCCCUGAACAAAGGGGACGUCAAAAUCGAAAGUAACAGUCAGUAUCUGGUGUGGUCACCAGCUGCAUUAAGUACUGCAGUGCAUCUCCUCCUCAUGGACAGCACCAGAUUUGCCAGUUCUUGCUGUGAGAUGUUACCCCACUCUUCCACCAAGGCACCUGCAAGUUCUCGGACAUUUCUGGGGGGAAUGGCCCUAGCCCUCACCCUCCAAUCCAACAGAUCCCAGACGUGCUCAAUGGGAUUGAGAUCCAGGCUCUUCGCUGGCCAUGGCAGAACGAGCAGUAUUGCUGGUGGCAUUGUCAUGCUGGAGGGUCAUGUCAGGAUGAGCCUGCAGGAAGGGUACCACAUGAGGGGAGGAUGUCUUCCCAGUAACGCACAGCGUUGAGAUUGCCUGCAAUGACAACAAGCUCAGUCCGAUGAUGCUGUGACACACCGCCCAAGACCAUGACGGACCCUCCACCUCCAAAUCGAUCCCGCUCCAGAGUACAGGCCUCGGUGUAACACUCAUUCCUACGACGAUAAACUCUAAUCCGACCAUCACCCCUGGUGAGACAAAACCGCGACUCGUCAGUGAAGAGCACUUUUUGCCGGUCCAGUGACGGUGGGUUUGUGCCCAUAGGCGACGUUGUUGCCGGUGAUGUCUGGUGAGGACCUGCCUUACAACAGGCCUACAAGCCCUCAGUCCAGCCUCUCUCAGUUAUUGCGGACAGUCUGAGCACUGAUGGAGGGAUUGUGCAUUCCUGGUGUAACUCGGGCAGUUGUUGUUGCCGCCAUCCUGUACCUGUCCCACAGGUGUGAUGUUCGGAUGUACCGAUCCUGUGCAGGUGUUGUUACACGUGGUGUUCCACUGCGAGGACGAUCAGCUCGAAAGACGUCCCUUUUUCAGGACCCUGUCUUUCAAAGAUAGAUUCGUCAAAAUCCAAAUAACUUCACAGAUCUUCAUUGUAAAAGCUUUAAACACUGUUUCCCAUGCUUGUUCAAUGAACCAUAAACAAUGAAUGAAGAUGCACCUGUGGAAUGGUCGUUAAGACACUAACAGCUUACAGACGGUAGGCAAUUAAGGUCACAGUUAUGAAAACUUAGGACACUAAAGAGGCCUUUCUACUGACUUUGAAAAACACCAAAAGAAAGAUGCCCAGGUUCCCUGCUUAUCUGUGUGAACGUGCCUUAGGCAUGCUGCAAGGAGGCAUGAGGACUGCAGAUGUGGCCAGGGCAAUAAAUUGCAAUGUCCGUACUGUGAGACGCCUAAGACAGCACUACAGGGAGAGGACGGACAGCAAUCCAAAUGCAACAUGCAUUGGUCAGAAAAUCGUUACGUAUCGCCCGUUCACCAAUUAUUCUUCCGAAAAUACAUCCUUUGGUGACAACUGCGUCCUCUCCUUCUGUGUUGAACUUAACACGUAAUUAUGUUGAUGGUCAUCGAUCUACAAGUCAUUUUGCAUGCUGAAAAAUCCCAGGCAAUAUCAGUAGCCUAGUCAAACUGCGCACUGUACGCAGCUUCGAGCGGUGAUCAACGACAACCAAUAUGUCAUUUGCCUAGGUAAUUUUUGUCAAAUGAGCUGUUGAAAAUUGUGUUUUACCGGAAUCGUAGCCUAAGCUACCGCUGGAGAAACAACUCUCAUCUGGCUAUAGGUAGGCUACAUGCUGGUUGAUUGUUUUCGAUUGCUCAUGUUCACCAUCAGCAAUAGUUUUGGUAGUUUUGCUUGAAACAAUCAGUAUAUAUGGUCAUUUUUAGAUAUACCUGGGGCGGCAGGUAGCUUAGUGGGUAAGAGCAUUGUCAGUAACCGAAAGGUCGCUGGUUCUAAUCCCCGAGCCGACUAGGUGAAAAAUCUGUCGAUGUGCCCUUAAGCAAGGCACUUAACCCUAAUUGCUCCUGUAAGUCGCUCCGGAUAAGAGCGUCUGCUAAAAUGUAAAAUGUACACGCUCACUGUAGCUAGUAUUGACAUUAUAAUUAAAUCACAAUGGAUUAGAGCUGGGCGGUAUACCGUAUUUGACUAUAUACCAUUAUUGAUGAACGGACCAGUUUGGGUUUUUACUUUACCUUCUAUAAUGGUAUUUAUUUUUUAUAGUUUACUCUGCUACUUGAGUCGACUCUCUCCCACUCUCACCAAGCCCCGCCUCCUGUCACUCAAUGAGCCCAGUUGUUGUUGUUGCUCAACCAUGAGAGAUAAUUUGCCGACCGUUCACUCUUCAGUCUGCAGCAGAUGCAACAAUAUGAUGAUGACAACGAUGCAGUUUUCCACUUUGCUUCUUAAUAUACACUGAACAAAAAUAUAAACGCAACAUGUAAAGUGUUGGUCCCAUGUGUCAUGAGAUGAAAUAAAUGAUCCCAGAAAUUGUCCAUAUGCACAAAAAGCAUAUUUCUCUCAAAUGUUGUGCACAUUUGUUUACAUUCCUGUAAGUGAGCAUUUCUCCUUUGCCAAGAUAAUCCAUCCACCUGACAGGUGUGGCAUAUCAAGAAGCUGAUUAAACAGCAUGAUCAUUACACAGGUGCACCUUGUGCUGGGGACAAUAAAAGGCUGCUCUAAAAUGUUCAGCAUGCAAUUGGCAUGCUGACGACAGGAAUGUCCACCAGAGCUGUUGCCAGAUAAUUUCAUUUGAAUUUCUCUACCAUAAGCUGCCUCCAAUGUCGUUUUAGAGAAUUUGGCAGUAAUUACGUCCACCUGGCAUCACAACCGCAGACCACGUGCAUGAUGUCGUGUGGGCGAGCGGUUUGCUGAUGUCAACGUUGUGAACCGAGUGUCCCAUGAUGGCGGAUCAACGUGUACGACAGCGUGUUCCAGUUCCCACCAAUAUCCAGCGACUUCGCACAGCCAUUGAAGAGGAGUGGGACAUUCUAAAGGCCACAAUCAACAGCCUGAUCAACUCAAUGCAAAGGAGAUGUCGCGCUGCAUGAGACAAAUGGUGGUCACACCAGAUACUGACUGGUUUUCUGAUCCAUGCCCUACCUGCAUAUCUGUAUUCCCAGUCAUGUGAAAUCCAUAGAUUAGGGCCUAAUGAAUUUAUUUCAAUUGACUGAUUUCCUUAUAUGAACUGUAACUCAGUAAGAUCUUUGAAAUUGUUGCGUUUAUUUUUGUUCAGUAAGCGUUCUGUAAUUACACUAUUAGUUUGUAUCUUGCUGUUUGCAAAAGGCUAGUUUGUCUUAGCAAGUUGCUAAAAUAGUCAUUUUAGCCGCUAAUGUUAAUCACUAGUUAGCUGGCUAGCUAAUAAAUGUACUAAAAGCAAGAGCAAACGUAGCUAUCUAAUACGGAUACCAGUGCUGGUGUAGGCCUAAGUCAAAAUGUUGUUUGUGCAACAGUAUCUUCUAAAUCAGAGAGGAAUAGGCGAAGCAUGAAUAUGUUAGCUACAUAGAAGUAAGAGAGAAUAUUUAAUGUAGCCAAAGAUUAUAGGGUCCUGAUGAACACUUUGGUUCCUAACCUGUCACAAUUACACCACAUUAGUGAUCCUAUUAGUAUUCUAAUUCCCAAUUCUAUGACCGCCUCCUGGCUUUAUCAUUCGUUGUCAUGUCAAACAACACUGUAUUUAAAGUGCCUACAAUUACAUUCUAACUAUAUAGUUAGAAUAAUCAUUAUAUUUCCAUGAUUACAACAGUUCCCCCAAGUGUUUUGAUCUAUAUCGCAAGUCAAAUCACAAUUGCAAUAUUUGGUUAAAAAUAAGUCCUCGAAUUUAUUUCUGUUUGCCCAUAUCGUGCAGACCUACGUGUUCGAUGGGGUUGAGGUCAGGGCUCUGUGCAGGCCAGUCAAGUUUUUCCACACCGAUCUCAACAAAUAAUUUCUGAAUGGACCUCGCUUUGUACACCGGGGCAUUGUCAUGCUGAAACAGGAAAGGGCCUUCCCCAAGCUGUUGCCACAAAGUUGGAAGCACAGAAUCAUCUAGAAUGUCAUUGUAUGCUGUAGCGUUAAGAUUUCCCUUCCCUGGAAUUAAGGGGCCUAGCCCAAACCAUAGAAAACAGCCCCAGAUCAUUAUUCCUCCUCCAACAAACUUUACAGUUGGCAGGUAGCGUUCUCCUGGCAUCUGCCAAAUCCAGAUUCGUCCGUCGGACUGCCAGAUGGUGAAGCGUGAUUCAUCACUCCAGAGAACGCGUUUCCACUGCUCCAGAAUCCAAUGGUGGCGAGCUUUACACCACUACAGCCGACACUUGGCAUUGCGCAUGGUGAUCUUAGGCUUGUUUGCAGCUGCUCUGCCAUGGAAACCCAUUUCUUGAAGUUCCCGACGAACAGUUCUUGUGCUGACUUUGCUUCCAGAGGAACUCGGUAGUGAGUGUUGCAACCGAGGACAGACUAUUUUUACGUGCUUCAGCAGUCGGCGGUCCCGUUCUGUGAGCUUGUGUGGCCUACCACUUCGCGACUGAGCCGUUGUUGCCCCUAGACGUUUCCACUUCAUAAUAACAGCACUUAGAGUUGACCGGGGAAGCUCUAGUAAGGGCAGAAAUGUGAUGAACUGACUUGUUGGAAAGGUGGCAUCCUAUGACGGUGCCACGUUGAAAAGUAAUUUGAGGGGGUGUCUACAUACUUUUGUCCAUGUAGUGAAUCUAAAACUUAUAGAUGAUUUGAACAAAAUGUGUAAAAAUGCUAAUAUCGUUCCCAUAACUUGAAUGGGAUUUGAAACAGUUCCAUGGAAACUAAACCAAAGCAAGGAUUGCUGUCACACCUUGUCCAUAUACUGCUUACUGGGUAAGAAAACCAAUAUGUAAUUUUGGAAUUUGGGUGAACUACACUUUCUUUCACCCAAAAUUCAGAAUGACAUUGGUUUCCUUACCCUGUAGACAAGGUAUGACAGCAAUCCAUGCUAUGGUUUUGUUUACAUGGCAACUGUUUCAAAUGCUUACCUUUUUAUUAGCAGUUGUGGCACAAAUCCAAUGCAAGUCAAUGGUACGUACACUACCGGUCAAAAGUUUUAGAACACUUACUCAUUCAAGGGUUUUUCUUUAUUUUUACUAUUUUCUACAUUAUAGAAUAAUAGUGAAGCUAUCAAAACUAUGAAAUAACACAUGGAAUCAUGUAGUAACCAAAAAAGUGUUAAACAAAUAUUUUAUAUUUGAGAUUCUUCAAAGUAGCCACCCUUUGCCUUGAUAACAUCUUUGCACACUCUUGGCAUUCUCUCAACCAGCUUCACCUGGAAUGCUUUUCCAACAGUCUUGAAGGAGUUCCCACAUAUGCUGAGCACUUGUUUGCUGCUUUUCCUUCACUUCAUCGCGGUCACAGCUCUCGCGGUCACGGCUCUCGUAGCCGGCCGUGACCGGGAGACCCAUGACCGGGAGACCCAUGGGUCGGCGCACAAUUGGCCCAGCGUCGUCUAGGGUAGGGGAGGGAAUGGCCGGCAGGGAUGUAGCUCAGUUGGUAGAGCAUGGCGUUUGCAACGCCAGGGUUGUGGGUUUGAUUCCCACGGGGGUAUGGAAAAAAAUAAAAUUAAAUAAUAAAAUGUAUGCACUCACUAACUGUAAGUCGCUCUGGAUAAGAGCGUCUGCUAAAUUACUAAAAUGUAAAUGUAAAAAUGUUGUGGAGGCCAGGUCAUCUGAUGCAGCACUCCAUCACUCUCCUUCUUGGUUAAAUAGCCCUUACACAGCCUGGAGGUGUGUUGGGUCAUUGUCCUGUUGAAAAACAAAUGAUGGUCCCACUAAGCCCAAACCAGAUGGGAUGGCGUAUCACUGCAGAAUGCUGUGGUAGCCAUGCUGGUUAAGUGUGCCUUGAAUUCUAAAUAAAUCACUGAGUGUCACCAGCAAAGCACCAUCACACCACCACCUCCAUGCUUCAUGGUGGGAACCACACAUGCGGAGAUCAUCCGUUCACCUACUCUGCGUCUCACAAAGCCACGGCAGUUGGAACCAAAUAUCUCAAAUUUGGACUCAUCAGACCAAAGGACAGAUUUCCACCGGUCUAAUGUCAAUUUAUUGUGUUUCUUGGCCCAAGCAAGUCUCUUCUUCUUAUUGGUGGCCUUUAGUGGUUUCUUUACAGCAAUUCAACCAUGAAGGCCUGAUUCACGCAGUCUCCUCUGAACAGUUGAUGUUGAGAUGUCUGUUACUUUAACUCUGUGAAGCAUUUAUUUGGGCUGCAAUCUGAGGCUGGAAACUCUAAUGAACUUAUCCUCUGCAGCAGAGGUAACUCUAGUUCUUCCUUUCCUGUGGCGGUCCUCAUGAGAGCCAGUUUCAUCAUAGGUCUUGAUUGUUUUUGCGACUGCACUUGAAGAAACUUUAAGUUCUUGACAUUUUCAGGAUUGACUGACCUUUGUCUUAAUGUAAUGAUGGACUGUCGUUUCUCUUUGCUUAUUUGAGCUGUUCUUGCCAUAAUGUGGACUUGGUAUUUUACCAAAUAGGGCUAUCUUCUGUAUACCACCCCUACCUUGUCACAACACAACUGAUUGGCUCAAACGCAUAAAGAAGGAAAUAAAUUCCACAAAUUAACUUUUUUAGCAAGGCACACCUGUUAAUUGAAAUGCAUUCCAGGUGACUACCUCAUGAAGCUGGUUGAGAGAAUGCCAAGCGUGUGCAAAGCUGACAUCAAGUCAAAGUGUGGCUUUAAAAAAAAGAAAAAAAAGCCAGUUGAGAAUAAGUUCUCAUUUACAACUGCAACCUGGCCAAGAUAAAGCAAAGCAGUGUGAUUUUAAAAACAACAACAACACAGAGUUACAUAUGGAAUAAACAAAACGUACAGUCAAUAACACAAUAGAAAAUCUAUAUACAGUGUGUGCAAAUGUAGUAAGUUAUGGAGGUAAGGCAAUAAAUAGGCCAUAGUGCAAAAUAAUUACAAUUUAGUAUUAACACUGGAGUGAUAGAUGUGCAAAUAGAGAUACUGGUGUGCAAAUGUGCAAAAUAAAUAACAAUAUGGGGAUGAGGUAGUUGGGUGGGCUAAUUACAGAUGGGCUGUGUACAGGUGCAGUGAUCGGUAAGCUGCUCUGACAACUGAUGCUUAAAGAUAGUGAGGGAAAUAAGUGUCUCCAGCUUCAGAGAUUUUUGCAGUUCGUUCCAGUCAUUGGCAGCAGAGAACUGGAAGGAAUGGCGGCCAAAGGAAGUGUUGGCUUUGGGGAUGACCAGUGAGAUAUACCUGCUGGAACGCAUACUACGGGUGGGUGUUGCUAUGGUGACCAAUGAACUAAGAUAAGGCAGGGAUUUGCCUAGAAGUGAUUUAUAGAUGACCUGGAGCCAGUGGGUUUGGCGACGAAUAUGUAGUGAGAGCCAGACAACGAGAGCGUACAGGUCACAAUGGUGGAUAGUAUAUGGGGCUUUGGUGACAAAACGGAUGGCACUGUGAUAGACUACAUCCAAUUUGCUGAGUAGAGUGUUGGAAGCUAUUUUGUAAAUUUCGAAAUAGGAAGCCGAUUCUAGAUUUAACUUUGGAUUGGAGAUGCUUAAUGUGAGUCUGGAAGGAGAGUUUACAGUCUAACCAGACACCUAGGUAUUUGUAGUUGUCCACAUAUUCUAAGUCAGACCCGCUGAGAGUAGUGAUUCUAGUCGGGCGGGCAGGUGCAAGCAGCGUUCGAUUGAAGAGCAUGCAUUUAGUUUUACUAGCGUUUAAGAGCAGUUGGAGGCCAUUGAAGGAGUGUUGUAUGGCAUUGAAGCUCGUUUGGAGGUUUGUCAAGUGUCCAAUGAAGGGCCAGAUGUAUACAAAAUGGUGUCGUCUGCGUAGAGGUGGAUCUGAGAGUCACCAGCAGCAAGAGCGACAUCAUUGAUAUACACAGAGAAUAGAGUCGGCCCAAGAAUUGAACCCUGUGGCACCCCCAUAGACUGCCAGAGGUCCAGACAACAGGCCCUCUGAUUUGACACAUUGAACUCUAUCUGAGAAGUAGUUGGUGAACCAGGCGAGGCAGUCAUUUGAGAAACCAAGGCUAAUUAGUCUGCCAAUAAGAAUGCAGUGAGUCAAAAGCCUUUGCCAGGUCAAUGAAGACAGCUGCACAGUACUGUCUUUUAUCAAUCGCGGUUAUUGUAUCGUUUAGGACCUUGAGCGUGGCUGAGGUGCACCCAUGACCAGCUCGGAAACCAGAUUGCAUAGCGGAGAAGGUACGGUGGGAUUCAAAAUGGUCGGUGAUCUGUUUGUUAACUUGGCUUUCAAAUACUUUCGAAAGGCAGGGCAGGAUGGAUAUAGGUCUGUAACAGUUUGGAUCUAGAGUGUCAACCCCUUUUGAAGAGGGGGAUGACCGCGGCAGCUUUCCAAUCUCUGGGGAUCUCAGACGAUACGAAAGAGAGGUUGAACAGGCUAGUAAUAGGGGUUGCGACAAUUUCGGCGGCUAAUUUUAGAAAGGAAGGGUCCAGAUUGUCUAGCCCAGCUGAUUUGUAGGGGUCCAGAUUUUUCAGGUCUUUCAGGACCCCAGCCGUAGCAAAAUGCUUAUUGAAAUUCUCGAUUAUCGUAGAUUUAUCGGUGAUGACAGUGUUUCCUAGCCUCAGUGCAGUGGGUAGCUGGGAGGAGGUGCUCUUAUUCUCCAUGGAUUUUACAGUGUCCCAAAACGUUUAAGAGUUAGUUAGGAAAGCUUUUCAAACUGAAAUUUGCAUCCUGUAGCACUGAUUGUGUAUAUUGGUUCCUUACUUCCCUGAAAAGUUGCAAAUCGCGGGGGCUGUUGGAUGUUAAUGCAGUACGCCACAGGAUGUUUUUGUGCUGGUCAAGAGCAGUCAAGUCUGGGGUGAACUAGGGGCUAUAUCUGUUCUUAGUUCUGAAUUUUUUGAAUGGGGCAUGCUUAUUUAAGAUGGAGAGGAAAGCACUUUUGAAGAACAUCCAGGCAUCCUCUACUGACGGAAUGAGGUCAUUAUCCAUCCAGGAUACCCGGGCCAGGUCAAUUAGAAAGGCCUGCUUGCUGAGGUGUUUUAGGGAGCGUUUGACAGUGAUGAGGGGUGGUCGUUUGACCGCGGACCCAUUAUGGACGCAGGCAAUGAGGCAGUGAUCGCUGAGAUCCUGGUUGAAGACAGCGAAGGUGUAUUUAGAGGGUAAAUUAGUCAGGAUGAUAUCUAUGAGGGUGCCCAUGUUUAUGGAUUUAGGGUUGUACCUGGUAGGUUCCUUGAUAGUUUAUGUGAGAUUGAGGGCAUCUAGUUUAGAUUGUAGGACGGCCGGGGUGUUAAGCAUAUCCCAGUUUAGGUCACCAAGCAGUACGAACUCUGAGGAUAGAUGGGGGGCAAGCAAUUCACAUAUGGUGUCCAGGGCACAACUGGGAGCUGAGGGGGGUCUGUAGCAAGCGGCAACAGUGAGAGACUUAUUUCUGGAAAGGUGGAUUUUUAGAAGUAGAAGCUCAAACUGUUUGGGCACAGACCUGGAUAGUAUGAUAGAGCUCUGCAUGCUAUCUCUACAGUAGAUUGCAACUCCACCCCCUUUGGCAGUUCUAUCUAUCUAGACGGAAAAUGUUGUAGUUCGGGAUUGACAUUUCUGAAUUUUUGGUGGCCUUCCUAAGCCAGGAUUCAGACACUGCUAGAACAUCAGGGUUGGCAGAGUGUGCUAACGCAGUGAACAACUCAAACUUGGGGAGGAGGCUUCUGAUGUUAACAUGUAAUAAACCAAGGCUUUUACGGUUACAGAAGUCAACAAAUGAUAGCGCCUGGGGAGUAGGAGUGAUACUGGGGGCUACAGGGCCUGGGUUAACCUCUACAUCAACAGAGGAGGAAAAUAAUAAGGAUACGGCUAAAGGCUUUAAGAACUGGUCUUCUAGUGCGUUGGGUACAGAGAAUAAAAGGGCAGAUUUCCAGGCAUUGUAGAAUAGAUUCAGGGCAUUAUGUACAGACAAGGAUAUGGAAGGAUAUGAGUGCAGUGGAGGGACACCUAAGCAUUGGGUAACGAUGAAAGAGAUAGCUACUUUGAAGAAUCUCAAAUAUAAAAUAUAUUUUGAUUUGUUUUUUUUGUUUUUAUAUGUAUGUAUGUAUGUGUGUAUAUAUGUAUGUGUGUAUAUAUAUAUGUGUGUAUGUGUAUGUAUGUAUAUGUGUGUGUUUUUGACUGCACUGGGCCUUUUAAACUUUGAUGCUGUCCCAGGCAUGGAGAUAAGGUGAGCCUGAGCUCUAAGUGUGCAGAGCUGGACAGAGAGAUGAUCUCAGCGCUGGGUGUGUCCAAAGCUGUCCUCGACCAUGUAAUCUUCUGUCACCAAGAGGAGUCCAACUGGCCCCUGGGGGAAGGGAAGCCCCUCAAGUCCAAAUUUGAUGCAAUCUUCUCAGCCACAAGGUACUCAUCGAGUAGUGCUGUUCAGAGUCACACAACUGCCCAUUUUAUCAGAACUGUCUUUUCUCUGUAUUUUGUCUGUGGUUAGUAUUGCUUUACUCAGUGACCAGGGAAUUUAAUUUGAAAUUCUUAUUCAAUUCUUGAAUUCACUUAUGAAGUGAAUAAUUUAAGUCAUUCAAUUUGAAUUUCAACAAUCUUUAAGUAAUGGAAUUGGAAUUAGACAGUUUGAACUGUUGAAUUGGAAUUUGAAUAUUUCUAAAUUAAUUGAAUUGGAAUUCAAUAUGUACAUUUCCCAGUUAAUGGAAUUAAUGCACGAAUUAUCAAACAUUUACUCCAGGGUUUGUUUCCAGCAUAGCAAGGCUGUUUGAAGCGUGACAUGAUCUGCCUGAACUCCUGAGGGAAUUACAUUUGAAUAAGUGGAAUUGUUGGGGAUAAUAUUGAAUUGGUAAUGUAAUUUAUGGAAUUGACCAAACAUUGGAAUUGACAGGAAUUUCAAUUGAAUUACAUUGAAUUUAUAGGGAGAGGUAAUUUAAUUAGAGUAGAAUUUGUAGAAUUAACCCCAACCCUGAUGGAUAUAAAGGAUUUAGCUGUGAACCAACGAUUCUCCCUCCCCCUGUCAGGUACAUCAAGGUGCUGGAGACACUGAGGCAGCUGAGGCUCAAGCAGUCUAACGAGGUGAGAGAGUGCCAGAUAGAGCUGAAGUUCCUGAAGCUGAACAAGGAGAAAGCCCUCGAGAUCAGGGAGCUGCUUGCCACCAAGGAGACCCAGCUGGCCUCCUCCAAAGAUGCCGUACAGAAGAUUGAGAGCAAGAUGGAACCCCUGGAGGUGUGACCUCAUUCCAUAGAGAAUUUCUUCUAGACAAGAUGAAUGGUGUACAUCUCCUUAUGUUGUAUUAGUGUUUUAUAGAGCGUUAUUUAGAAGCCAAUUUAGAGGCUAAACAAAUUGUUUUUGUCCUAUCUAAAAGUAGGGUACUUAAAGUAAAAUUCCUAAAUAGUUAACUCAAUUAAAAUGUAGGCAUGCGAUGAAGAAGUCUGAAGAUUUAUACAGGUCAUUAAGUAUUUCUACCCGUUUUAUUUCAGAACCGACUGGUUGACAUUGAUGAGAAUCUGGGGAAAGUGAUGAAGCUCGAUAACGACAUCAAGGCUUUAGACAGCAGGAAGAGGCAGAUGGAGGAAGACAACCAGGAACUGGAGGAGAAAAUGGAGCAGGUGUGACUGACGCAUUUCACAGGAACAUGGUGUAGAGCAACUAUUCCAUUCUCAUCCAUGGAGAACACCUUUUUAAGUGUGCUUGUGAGCCCAACACCUGCUAACAAAGAACCAAUAGUCCAUUCUGAGAAGAGCUUAAUUAACGUAUAGGAAAUGCACUAUAAUCUUUUUAUUUUGUAUUUAACCUUUAUUUAACUAGGCAAGUCAGUUAAGAACAAAUUCUUAUUUACAAUGACGGCCUACCAAAAGGCCUCCUGCGGGGACGGGGGCUGGGAUUUAAAAAAUGAAUAUAAAUAUAGGACCAAACACACAUCACAACAAGAGAGACAACACAACACUACAUAGAGAGACCUAAGACAACAACAUAGCAUGGCAGCAACACAUGACAACACAGCAAGGUAGCAACCCAACAUGAAAACAACAUGGCAGCAGCACAACAUGGCAGCAGCACAACAUGGUAGCAGCACAAGACAUGGUACAGACAUUAUUGAGCACAGACAACAGCACAAAGGGCAAGAAGGUAGAGACAACAAUACAUCACGCUAUUAGAUAACGAAUCGGACUCUGCAGUUUUAAUUUACAGAUGACAAGUCGGUACAGUACAGAUCUUUAUUCAGACAAAUAUAUUGUCACACAUUUUUGGAACUCUUUCCCUUUCAUGCAUCUUUCCAUCAUCCUUAAUGGCUGUGUCCCUGUCAUGUCCGAGACCUGUUCCAGACCAUCUGUGCGGCCUGUGUAACUGAAGCCCUGUUGUGUGCAUGCCUGGCCGGACUCAGGUGUUCCAGGGCUCAGAUGAGCAGCUGCAGGAGAUGUACCAAAAUCACCAGACGACAGUGAAGGAGAAGGAGAGGAGGUUCACAGAGUGCCAGAGGGAGAUGGAUCGAGCCGUGAGAGAGUGCCAGAGACUCAACCGCCUCAAGUCCGACCUUCUAGUAGAACAAGGUGUGACAUUGGAGUGACUAUACUAUAUAACCAUGAAGAGUUCUAUGAUGGUAGCAUUUAAGUCAUUUUAUAUUUCAGCUUGUCAGUGUUGAUGAUUUGCUUAAUCGGUGCACUAGACCAGGGGUCUCCAACCUUUUCUAGUAUGAGAACUACUUACAAUAGUUUUUUUCUAUCGCGAGCUACUCGUUUUUUUUAUAGCUUUCAAAUUGGCACAUUAUUCUCCUUUCCUUUACCCUGCAACUCUUUCCCGGGUGCUUGGUGUACAAUAGAUGUAUUUUCUGUCAAUAUACCUGGUCAAAUAACUAUAAGGUGGCCCCGUUGUAUGUUUUACUGGUUUAGCAUUUUUUUCUGUUUUAUUCUCAAUAUUACAAUUAUUCAUAGAGAAACAACAAAAAUGGAAGUUGGAAGAGUCCAUUUCAAUGCUUAAAGAAAAAUUCCACCCUAAAAUGCAUCAUACUGGCUGUAUUUUGAAAGUUAUACAUCUGGAGAACUUGAUUGCUGACAUGCAAAACAUUUUUAAUUGAGAAGGUUUUUUGGGAAAGUCUGUACCACCCAAAAGACGGUGAUCAUCGCUAACUGGAGAUAUAUACAGUGGGGAUAACAAUUAUUUGAUACACUGACGAUUUUGCAGGUUUUCCUACUUAAAAAGCAUGUAGAGGUCUGUAAUUUUUAUCAUAGGUACACUUCAACUGUGAGAGACAGAAUCUAAAACAAAAAUCCAGAAAAUCACAUUGUAUAAUUUUUAAGUAAUUAAUUUGCAUUUUAUUGCAUGACAUAAGUAUUUGAUCACCUACCAACCAGUAAGAAUUCCGGCUCUCACAGACCUGUUCGUUUUUCUUUAAGAAGCCCACCUGUUCUCCACUCAUUACCUGUAUUAACUGCACCUGUCCACACACUCAAUCAAACAGACCCCAACCUCUCCACAAUGGCCAAGACCAGAGAGCUGUGUAAGGACAUCAGGGAUAAAAUUGUAGACCUGCACAAGGCUGGGAUGGGCUACAGAACAAUAGGCAAACAGCUGGGUGAGAAGGCAACAACUGUUGGUUCAAUUAUUAGAAAAUGGAAGAAGUUCAAGAUGACGGUCAAUCACCCUCGGUCUGGGGCUCCAUGCAAGAUCUCACCUCGUGGGGCAUCAAUGAUCAUGAGGAAGGUGAGGGAUCAGCCUAGAACUACAUGGCAGGAUCUGGUCAAUGACCUGAAGAGAGCUGGGACCACAGUCUCAAAGAAAACCAUUAGUAACACACUACGCCGUCAUGGAUUAAAAUCCUGCAGCGCAAGCAAGGUCCCCCUGCUCAAGCCAGCACAUGUCCAGGCCCGUCUGAAGUUUGCCAAUGACCAUCUGGAUGAUCCAGAGGAGGAAUGGGAGAAGGUCAUGUGGUCUGAUGAAACAAAAAUAGAGCUUUUUGGUCUAAACUCCACUCGCCGUGUUUGGAGGAAGAAGAAGGAUGAGUACAACCCCAAGAACACCAUCCCAACUGUGAAGCAUGGAGGUGGAAACAUCAUUCUUUGGGGAUGCUUUUCUGCAAAGGGGACAGGACGACUGCACCAUAUUGAGGGGAGGAUGGAUGGGGCCAUGUAUCGUAAGAUCUUGGCCAACAACCUCCUUCCCUCAGUAAGAGCAUUGAAGAAGGGUCGUGGCUGGGUCUUCCAGCAUGACAACGACCCGAAACACACAGCCAGGGCAACUAAGGAGUGGCUCCGUAAGAAGCAUCUCAAGGUCCUGGAGUGGCCUAGCCAGUCUCCAGACCUGAACCCAAUAGAACAUCUUUGGAGGGAGCUGAAAGUCCGUAUUGCCCAGUGACAGCCCCGAAACCUGAAGGAUCUGGAGAAGGUCUGUAUGGAGGAGUGGGCCAAAUUCCCUGCUGCAGUGUAUGCAAACCUGGUCAAGACCUACAGGAAACGUAUGAUCUCUGUAAUUGCAAACAGGUUUCUGUACCAACUAUUAAGUUCUGCUUUUCUGAUGUAUCAAAUACUUAUGUCAUGCAAUAAAAUGCAAAUUAAUUACUUAAAAAUCAUACAAUGUGAUUUUUAUAUCACACAUACAUACAUGGAGUGAUAGACAACCGUGCGUGCACCAAACAGACAAACUGGGGCAAUAUUGCUGGAAAUUAAUUGGCAGAUAUUGUUACAUUUGUAUUUUUAAGCCAAUGGUGGCUAACCAGGGAUGGAAUAAUGUCAGUGUGGCUUUGAUUGGAUAGUACAUUUUACAUGACAUUUUAGUCAUUUAGCAGACAUUCUUAUCCAGAGCAACUACUACAGUAGUGACAGCAUACAUUUUCAUGCUGGUCCCCCUUGGGAAUCGAACCCACAACCCUGUUGUUGCAAGUGCCAUGCUCUACCAAAUGAGCCACACGGGACUACAGUAGCCAGGAGCUUUAUGUUUAUCACAGUUUGCAUUGGACACAUAAAAAAAAUGCAUGUACUUUCAGAAUGAAUUGGCGAGCCACACAUAGGUGGGCUGCUAGCUACUGGUAGCUCACAAUCUACCUGUUGGAAACCCCUGCACUAAACCAGGGUGUCCCGAACUCUGUCCUUGGGCCCCCCGGGUGCACGUUUUGGUUUAUGCCCUAGCGCUACAAAGCUGAUUCGAAUAACCGACUCAUCAAGCUUUGAUUAUUUAAAUUAGCUGUGUUAACCAAUUAACCAAUCUUGGUCUACACACACAACCAAUAAACGUAAUAGAUCAUGUUGAAUAUCGUUAGUGGUGCUACUCUGAUAUUGAUCAUGUUGCGUUUUUCUCCUCCAUUAAGGUCGUCUCCAGCUGGAGGCUGAUCGCCAUGCUCAGAACAUGAAGAACCGUGACUCCCAGGUGAGAGCCCUGGCAGCCUACCUGGAGAUGGAGGGCUACGACCGGUCCCCCUUCAAUGACAGACAGCUGCAGAGCUUCAACCGCCAGGUCAAAGAGAGACUCGACCAGGAGACGGAGGCCGCCAACCAGGUCAUGGUAAGAGAAUGUCCCGUCUACACAAAGUUUGGAAAGAUACAGCUCUGUUCCAUUGGUCAUGUUUCGAUUAUGUUUUUGACGGUCAGGAAAACUGACCCUAAACUGACUCCUGGCCCUAUUCAUGUUUAAUAACUAUGUUCUUCCAAGCCAUUCAUUCAUCCAUAUUCCAAACUGUGUUCCAGAGGGAUAUACAAGAGAAGGAGGCCAUGAAGCAGCAGAGCAUCGAUGAGAUCCGAGACAAGAAGACUGGUCUGGAGAGGACCAUGGAGCUGAAGAAAGGCCUGCAGAGCAAGAAGCAGCAGGAGCUGAGGAACGUCAAGUCUGACCUGCAGAGACUGGAAGGCUCCUCCACCCUGCUGCAGGAACUGGAGACAGAGCUCACCAAAGCAGUAGGAGCACAACAGAUGUCUACACCCUAUUCCCUUGAUAGUGCACUAUUUUUGACCAGGGCCCAUAUCGUAGUAGUGAACUCUUCCAAACGUACUGCACUAUAGAGGGAAUAGGGUGCCAUCUGGGACAUAGCCAAUGUCAUCUUUUUUUAAAUCAAUGUUUUUUUAUGAGGAUGCGUGUAUGCUCUAGAAAAGGAGAAAAAAGGUAUUUCUCUGUGAAUGUGUUUAGAUAAAGUUACUGACUGUUUAUUAGAUGUGGUUUACUUCUGGGUUUAAAUGAUGGUGUCCCCAUAGAUUGUUUUCUUAGGCGACCAAAGGAACAUCCAGAGUAGUCCUGCCUCUAAGUAGUAGUUGGGGAAACUGUAGUGCGUGAUAUACCUGUGUGUGUCUGCAGGAGCGUGAGCUGGACAGCGCGGUGCAGAGCUCCAAUGUGGACGGGCUGAAGGCCGAGGUGCUGGAGCUCCAGAAGGACAAAGCUGAGCUGGACCGCACACAGCGCCGGCUGGACCAGGAAAUGGAGAUCCUCAACACACACACCACCGCACGCACACAGAUGGACAUGCUCAAGAAGGAUAAGGUAGUGUCCGCUCAGAACAAGAAUAAAAGAUGCCAGCAAAUGCUAAAUUCCAUUAUACAGCUUAAAAGAUUGUCAAUCUACACAAUUGAGAUGUGAGAAAUGUAGUGAGCCCUGUGCAGGUGUGCAUUUAGUUUUCUUUCGGUAUACAUACAACUACCUGAGUAUACAAGAUGUACUCUUCAUUGUUUAGUUUGUGGCCCAAACCUGACCCAUGACAAGGAACAAGAGGUCACUCACCCUGGCCAGUGGUAACGUGAGCCUGUGGGCCUCUUUCCUUCCCUCUUUCCCUCCCUCAGACAGAUAAAGAAGAUCAGGUGAGGAAGAUCAAGUCGAGGCACAAUGAGGAUCUGGUGUCCCUGCUGGGUCACUUCCCUAAGAAGAGGGAGCUGGAGGACUGGAUCUACACCAAAUCCAAAGAGAUCAACUCCACCAGGGAGAAACUGGCCAAGCUCAAGUGAGUGCUUCUGUCACACAUGGCCAAAUGAAUACAGUAUCUGCUCUGUCUGGUCGUGUUGAUGCAGUAAGAAGGUGCUGAAGUGUGUAUGUGACUCUCUAAUGUGCUUGCAGUAAGGAGCUGGCGUCGGGGGAGCAGAAUAAGAGCCAUUGCGCAGCAGAGAUCAGGAGGAAGGAGCAGCAGCUGGCCAGCUAUGAGGAGAAGAUGUUCAACGUGUGUGGCAGUCAGGAUUUCCAGCAGGACCUGGGCAAGCUGCAGGACGACCUGGAGAAGACCUCCAAGCAGAGAGGUAACUAACAGGCCCACAAGUUGAAUGAGGUUUAAUUUCUACCUGAGGUAUUGUAGCCUUUUGUGAUUUAAAUGUAUCCCCUUACUCUUAAACUGUGAGGUGUUUGUUGCCGGCCAUGGGGAUAUAGGUGUAUAUAUUUUUUGAUCUGUUUUGAAUAACGUCGGAGAUAUUAUGAACCUUAUCUGUGUGCCUGUGUGUGCUCAGCCAUGCUGGCGGGUGCCACAGCCGUGUACACUCAGUUCAUCAGUCAGCUGACAGAGGAGGGCGAGCCCUGCUGCCCCGUGUGCCAGCGCAUCUUCCCCUCGGAGGCCGAGCUCCAGGACGUCAUCAACGACAUGCAGUCCAAGCUGCGCCUGGUCCCUGACAAGCUGAAGAACACAGAGCAGGACCUGAAGAGGAAGGAGAGGAGGAAGGACGACAUGAUGGCUCUCAAACCUGUCAGGUCAGAAUGGAUCGGGGGAGUACUUACUGCUUGUGCAUUUUCAUUGGAGAGGAUAGGCGUGGAUUAGGUUGCAAUUGUAGUUUUCUUCCACUAGAUGGUAGUGGAUGCCCGUACAAAGGGGAGGCACACAUCUUGAUCAGGCAGCCGCUGCACAUAACCUGUGAGAGGGGAUCAUGUUCUGGUACUUCAUAAUAGAUGGAUUUGAAAGUAAAAACCAUAUGAUAUGUCAUUUGUAUGGCUUGCUGCUGUUUGACUGGGGCAGAAAAAAUAUCACUCAAAACUGUUGUAAAUGUCCUGCUCCACUGCUCAUUUUAUUUUUUUGUUAUUUUACCUUUAUUUAACUAGGCAAGUCAGUUAAGAACAAAUUCUUAUUUACAAUGACGGCCUACACCGGCCAAACCCGGACGACACUGGGCUAAUUGUGCGCCGCCCUAUGGGACUCCCAAUCACAGCCGGUUGUGAUACAGCCUGGAAUCGAACCAGGGGGUCUGUAGUGACGCCUCAAGCACUGAGAUGCAGUGCCUUAGACCGCUGCGCCACUCAUGGCCCAUUAUCUUAACCCUUUCUCCACCUAAGCCAUAUGCUACUCUCAUCUCAGUUGAUCCACAUGAGUAGCUAACCCAGGCCCUGUUCUGUGCUGUGGGAACCACCAGGCAGUCUAUUGCUGAGCUGCAGGAGAAGGAGCUUCCUGAGCUCAGGAACCGGCUGCAGAACGUGAACCGGGACAUUGAGAGGCUGAAGGGGGAUGUGGAAGAGCAGGAGACACUGCUGUCCACUCUGAUGUCAGAGGAGAACACAGCCAAGGCCUGCCUGCAGGACAUCUCCCUCAUGGACAGAUACCAGGUCAGACCACAUAACAAUUAACAUAACACGGCCUGUGUGGUCUUCAUUCUAAAUGUGAAAGUCACUAAAUAGAGAUGUCAAUCUUUCAAUGUUUCUCUCUGUGUUUCUUUUAGGGAUGGGCUAGGUUAUUCGAAAAUUCAAACGGUCGUAGUAUUCGAUUACUUGCGAGAGUAUUAAUUCUUUAGAAGAAAAAUGAUAUACAGUGCAUUCGGAAAGUAUUCAGACCCCUUGACUUUUUCCACAUUUUGUUAAGUUACAGCCUUAUUCUAAAAUGGAUUAAAUAAAACAAUGUCCUCAUCAAUCUACAUAAUGACAAAGCGAAAACAUGUUUGCUAAGUUAUUUAUAUAUAUAUAUAACUAUUAGUUAUUCAGACCCUUUGCUAUGACACUUGAAAUUGAGCUCAGGUGCAUCCUGUUUGCAUUGAUCAUCCUUGAUGUUUCUACAACUUGAUUGGAGUCCACCUGUGGUAAAUUCAAUUGAUUGGACAUGAUUUGGAAAGGCACACAUCUGUGUGUAUAUAUAAGGUCCCACAGUUGACAGUGCAUGUCAGAGCAAAAACCAAGCCAUAAGGUCGAAGGAAUUGUCCGUAAAGCUCAGAGACAGGAUUGUCGAGGCACAGAUCUGGGGAAGGGUACCAAAACAUUUCUGCCACCUUGAAGGUCCCCAAGAACACAGUGGCCUCCAUUCUUAAAUGGAAGAAGUUUGGAACCACCAAGACUCUUCCUAGAGCUGGCCGCCACGGCCAAACUGAGCAAUCGGGGGAGAAGGACCUUGGUCAGGGAGGUGACCAAGAACCCGAUGGUCACUCUGACAGAGCUCCAGAGUUCCUCUGUGGAGCUUGGAGAGCCUUCCAGAAGGACAACCAUCUCUGCAGCACUCCACUGAUCAGGCCUUUAUGGUAGAGUGGCCAGACGGAAGCCACUCCUCAGUAAAAGGCACAUGACAGCCCACUUGGAGUUUGCCAAAAGGCACCUAAAGGACUCUGAAACUAUGAGAAACAAGAUUCUCUGGUCUAAUGAAACCAAGAUUGAAGUCUUUGGCCUGAAUGCCAAGCGUCACGUCUGGAGGAAACCUGGCACCAUCCAUACGGUGAAUUAUGGUGGUGGCAGUAUCAUGCUGUGGCCAAUGUUUUUCAGCUGCAGGGACUGGGAAACUGGUCAGGAUCGAGGGAACGAUAAACGGAGCAAAGUACAGAGAGAUUCUUGAUGAAAACCUGCUCAGGACCUCAGACUGGGGCGACGGUUCACCUUCCAACAGGACAGGUGUGCCAAGCUUGUAGCGUCAUACCCAAUAAAACCCGAGGCUGUAAUCACUGCCAAAGGUGCUUCAACAAAGGAACUGAGUAAAGGGUCUGAAUACUUAUGUAAAUGUGGUAUUUCAGUUGGGGUUUUUUUGCAAAAAAUUCUAACAACCUGUUUUUGCUCUGUCAUUAUAGGGUUGUUUGUGUAGAUUGAUGAGGGGAAAAAACGAUUUAAUACAUUUUAGGCUGUAACGUAACAAUGUGGAAGAAGUCAGGGGGUCUGAAUACUUUCCGAAUGCACUUUUUGUUUUUGGGGGGGGCGACCUGACCAAAUACACAUUGACAGAUCUAUAACUCAUAUUUCUUUCUCAUUGAAAGCAAGUCUAAGAAGCGGUAGAUCUCUUUCUAUGUGCAGUAUUUCUAUGCUUCCCGUUAAGUUUCAUUUUUUGCGUCUUUUACUUUCGGUUUUGUACACCAGUUCCAAAUAGCUUAAAAUAGAAUGUUAUUGAAAAUAUAUUUCACCACGGUUUAGAUGGUACAAUGCUUCUCUACACAACACUGAGUGUACAAAACAUUAGGAACACCUGCUCUUUCCAUGACAGACUGACCAGGUGAAGGCUAUGAUUACCUAUUGAUGUCACUUGUUAAAUCCACUUCAAUCAGUGUAGAUGAAGGGGAGGAGACCGGUUAAAGAAGAAUGUUUGAGUCAUGGAUUGUGUAUGUGUGCCAUUCAGAGGGUGAAUGGACAAGACAAAAUAUUUAAGUGCCUUUGAACAGGGUAUUACAUUUACAUUUUAGUCAUUUAGCAGACGCUCUUAUCCAGAGCGACUUACAGGAGCAAUUAGGGUUAAGUGCCUUGCUCAAGGGCACAUCGACAGAUUUUUCACCUAGUCGGCUCGGGGAUUAGAACCAGCGACCUUUCGGUUACUGGCACAACGCUCUUACCCACUAAGCUACCUGCCGCCCCCAUGGUAGGGUAUGGUAGUAGGUGUCAUGCUCACCAGUGUGAGUGUGUCAAGAACUGCAACGCUGCUGGGUUUUUCACACUCAACAGUGUCCCUUGUGUAUCAAUAAUGGUCCACCACCCAAAGGACAUCCAGCCAAUUUGACACAACUGUGGGCCGGCAUCCCUGUGGAAGGCUUUCGACAUGUUGUAUUCCAUGCCCCGACAAAUUGAGGCUGUUCUGAGGGCCAAAGGGGGUGCAACUCAAUGUUAGGAUAUAUAUUACUUUUCUACACUCAGUGCUUUUUUUUGUCACAUUAACUGAAAUUAGGAAAACUAUUAGAAUUUUAGCAACCAGGAAAUGGCAGACAUUUCUGCAUAUUAGUGCUGUGCGAUUUAACCGACAUUUCAGUUUUUUUCUUUGUAGUUAUUAAAUAACUAAUUGACCAAGGUUGGUUCAAUUACUUGGAAUUCCAUUUAUAAUGGUUUAGUUUUUUUGUGAAAUCAUUCACGAGAUAAGUCAACUCAAGAACUAUGUGGGACGCUGGGCUGAACGGAGUUGUAGUUUUCAUUAAGCAAAUAUUAAACUUAGUUCAGAGCAGAAACGUGGUAAUUGACUGCAAUGACCGUAAUCCGUUGCACAUGUUUUUUUCCAGCUCAGGCAGAGAUGGAUACACUUUUACGCCUGCUACGUUAGGUUAGAUACACACGGACAGCAUAGACCGCAUGAAAGAGGAAUGUACGCAACAAUUAGAGUGAGGGAUAGAGACAGUUGGUGAAAGUAUGCCUUGUCUUCUUUGAAGAACUAGUAAAAGCAUUUCGUCAGACAGCUCUGAAGCUAGCCUAGCGAAAUAAGAUGACUGAAGACAGAACACUGGGGAGUACAGAGAGAACGUUGUCUGGCUGCUACUGCCUGAGCAGAGAUGAGAUGAUGACUUUAAGGCAUUAAACAUAAUAAGUAAUAUACACAACUGAAAUAUUUUAUUUCAUAGUAAUUUCCUAUUUUUCCUAUUGAUGUCUACCCAUGUGGACCUGACGGAGACAAUGGAAUAUUUUUAAUGUUUUGGCAAUUGGCCCCUAGGGCUGGGGGAUAUGACCAAAAUAUAAUAUUACAGUAUAUGUCAAAUAUUUGCCUAUAUUUUAUGUUUUUGAACAAUAAAAGUUAUAAGUUUGCUUAUAACACACAUUCUAAGUGAUUUCAAUGGGUCUCUCUCCAUUCUGAUUGUUUUAUACUGUUCAAUUACACUUCAACCAAAAAUAAUUUUCUGCAUUUUCAUCAAUUUCUGCAUUUCCUGCACUCAUUUGAGAUCAUUUCCACACUGCCACGGAGGGCUGAACGAUAUGGGCAAAAAAUCUAGGCCUUAUUUUUAACCAAAUGUUGCAAUUGCAAUUUGACUUGUGAUUUAGAUCAAAACACUUGGGUGAACUGUUGGAAUCAUGGAAAAAUUAUGAUUAUUCUAACUCUAUAGUUAGAAGAUAACAGUGGUCCAGCCUCCCGAGUGGCGCAGCGGUCUAAGGCACUGCAUCGCAGUGCUAGAGGCGUCACUACAGACCCGGGUUCGAUCCCAGGCUGUGUCGCAGCCGGCCGCGACCGGGAGACCCAUGAGGCGGCGCACAAUUGGCCCAGCAUCGUCCGGGUUAGGGGAGGGUUUGGCCGGCUGGGAUGUCCUUGUCCCAUCGUGCUCUAGCGACUCCUUGUGGCGGGCCGGGCGCAUGCACGCUGAUUUUGGUCGCCAAGUGUACAGUGUUUCCUCCGACACAUUAGUGCGGCUAGCUUCCAGGUUAAGCGAGCUGUGUGUCAAGAAGCAGUGCGGCUUGGCAGGGUCAUGUUUCAGAGGACGCAUGGCUCUCGACCUUCGCCUCCGUACGGGAGUUGCAGCGAUGGGACAAGACUGUAACUACCUAUUGGAUAUCACGAUAAAAAAUAUUUAAAAAAGAUCACAGUGGGCACGAAUGAAUACGAAUGAAAAUGCCAGGGAGGAGUCAUUGUGACAGGGUAGGAACCAAAGUGUUGGUCAGUGUUUCCUAGGUGACCCUAUAAUCUUUGGCUACAUUAAAAAAAAGACAAUUCUUAGCUACUUCAUGUAGCUAACGUAUUCAGGCUUCGCCUAUUCCUCUUUGGUCUUGAUACUGUUGCACAAACAACAUGCUGAUUUAGGCCUACACCAUCAUUGGUAUCAGGCUGUAUAGCUAGCUACGUUUAGUCUGACUCAGUACAUUUAUUAGUUUGCUAGCGGCUAACAUGACUUAGCCACAACUUGCUAAGAAAAGACAAACUAGCUGUUAGCUGUUACUAAUAGUGUAAUUAUAUAACACUUGUGGAUUUCUAUUAAGAAGCAAAGUGGAAACCGCAUUGUUGUCACCAACAUUGUUGCAUGUGACGCAUUGACCAUGCAGACUGAAGGCAAGCGUCUGUGCAUCAAUACCGGUAUAUAGUAAAAUUCGGUAUACUGCCCAGCCCUAAUUGAAUGUUCACUAUUUUGGGCUUUGGAAUUUCCAUUAAAAAGCUCUAAAAUAAUUGUCAUUAUUUCAUAAUGCAUUUCAUGUAAAACAAGAAUUUAAACCGAAAUCAAAAACCAUGAUUAUUUUUUAAAUCAUAUAACUGAAACCGAACCGACCUAGAAAAGCACUAAUCGCAAAGCACUACUGCAUAUUGCACCUUUAACAAUGAAAAGGCUUUGUAUAAAAUAAAAUGAUCUAUGUGACAUUGCUACAUAGCCUACAGGGAUAGACCAUUACAUUUGUCAUUUUUAUAAAAGAACGGUUUUAUGACAGUUUGUAUGAGUGCUCCCCAUUUUAAAAAAUAAAUAAAAAACUGCUAACUUAGUUGGCUACAGUAGCUAGCUUCUUUACAUCAAUUUGAUGCAGUCAGGACAGGCACUACCAGAUGGUAUGAUACAUAACCUAUGUCAGCAACAACUUUGUGUUUGGCUACUUUAUCUCCGUCUGUCUCCUUCCAUGCAGUACACAGACUGUCUCACACACCGGCCCCUGCUCCUCUCCCGCCGCUCCCCCACCCUUCUGCUGAAACAAGCAGAGCACAGCGCACCAGCUCUCUCCCGAGUCGCGCAAGAAAGUCCCCAUUUGAAGUACAAAAUAAAAAUAAACGUUCAAAUGUAUUUCGACUAUCCAGAUAUCUGAAAAAAAAUACUAUUACUCAAAUAGUGAAAUAAUUUCAAAUGGCCAUCCCAUAGUUUCUUUCUAUGCUUCUCUCUUUCCCCUCCUUCCUGUUGUGGUAACCUCCUCUGCCUGUGUGUGUCCUUGGUCUCCAGCUGGACCUGAAGGAUGUGGAGAGGAAGAUAGCCCAGCAUGCUGCCAAGCUGCAGGGAGUGGACCUGAGCCGCACCAUCCAGCAGGUCAACCAGGAGAAACAGGAGACCCAGCACCGCCUGGACACAAGUACGACCUGCCAAAUUCCUUAUAUUAAGCAAACCAGAUGGCACCAUUUCCUUGUUUUUGUUUUUAUUUACCGAUUGCCAGGGGCACACUCCAACACUCAGACAUAAUUUACAAAUUAAGCAUGUGUGUUUAGUGAGUCCGCCAGAUCUGAGGCAGUAGGGAUGACCAGGGAUGUUCUCUUGAGAAGUGUGUGAAUUGGACCAUUUUGCUGUCCUGCUAAGCAUUAAAAAUGCAACAAGUGCUUUUGGGUGUCAGGGAAAAUGUAUGGAGUAAAAAGUACAUGAUUUUCUUUAGGAUUGUAGUGAAGUAAAAGUGUAAGUUGUCAAAUAUAAAUAGUAAUGUACAGAUACCCCAAAAAACUACUUAAGUAGUACUUUAAAGUAUUUUUACUUAGAUAUUUUACACCACUGGACGUUGGUUGCUCCCACGGGAGACCCGGGUUCAUAUCCCGUGUGUUACAUAGGUAUAUCAUAAUAUCUAUUCCACUGCACUUAUACUGUAUUACUAUGAAUUCCAAUGUUAUUUGAUUCAUUGCAGCGUCCAGCAAGAUUGAGCUGAAGCGUAAGCUGAUCCAGGACCAGCAGGACCAGAUCCAGAGCCUGAAGAGCAGCGUGAACGAGACCCGGGUGAAGAAGCUGCAGAUCUCCAGUAACAUGCAGAAGCAGCAGCAGCUGGAGGAGCAGUGUGUGGAGUUCACCACUGAGAUCCAGGCUCUGCACAGAGAGAUCAGGGUAAAACUCCACUCAGCUCAGAGCAGUGACCUGACUGAGGAAACUAUCUGGAAUCAUACUAAAACCUCAGUGUUUGGUAGAACUGGUUAUAACAUGUUUUCUUCUUCUGUAGUGGCUCUGAAGUUUUGUAGUCUUAGUAUUAAGAGAUGGUCAUGGUGGAUAGCUUUAUCAGUGUAUCAAUGUUGUCUCCUCCCUGUGUUGUGUUCAGGAAGCUAAGGAGCAGGUGUCCCCUCUGGCCAGCACCCUGGAGAAGCUGCAGCAGGAGAGGCUGGAUUUGAUGGAGCGCAGGAAGCAGAGGCAGGAGGAGGGACAAGAGAAGGUACCACCAUCACCCCUCCCUUCUUUCUUUUUUUAUUAUUUAAGUGUCCAACCUUUCUUGCUAAUUCUGUCAGUGCUAAUGGAGGACUGCAUAUUAAGUCUGAAAACAGUGUUCCUCCAGUCACUGGAGGACUUUGUCUAUCGCCUACUAACCUUGUCUCAUAAGCCUGGUACAUCAACCAUUCAAAGUGACCAUAGUGAAUAAAGUAUUUGUCAUUUAAUUGGAGUGAGAUCAAACAGCUGCGAGGUAUGCCUCUGUGCUUGUGGUGUGCUCGCGUAAUGGGGAGAGUUGGUUGGUAGAUUAAGCCAGUGCUGAUGCGGCAGGAGUUUUUCCCCGGUCUUUCUCUAUUGGCUAACAAAGUUUGACGUGUUGGUCCACUAGAAUCUUGGCACCUUUGUGCGGAAGUGUCUGGGAACAAGAUUAACUGCAUACCAUGUCUCAAUCAUGCCAGUAUCAUUAUUUAUUUUAAUGCAGCACUUCUAACCACCUGUUCAUUCCCUCCAUCCCAGAUAAAUGGCAUCAAAGACAAAGUUAAAAGCAUGGCCGACGUUGAAAGGGACAUUACCAAAUACACAGAAGAGGGCAAGGAUGAAUACAAAGAGGUAAACAUGGAUUCUGUUUGUUUCUCAACCCCUCAUAAGCAUUAUCUCAAUCUCUUGACGCAUUUGUCAUGUGGUGUUUCUAUUGAAGCAAAAAGAGGGGGAGCUCCAAGAGGCCAAAACUCAGGUCCACGAGGCAGAGAAGCAACGGGAGAAGAUUAACAAAGACAGUGGAAACAUCAGGCAGGACAUAGACACUCAGAAGGUGAGCUCAGAUGGCAUAUCUCUUUCCCCUAAUUACGUCUUUGUCUCUCCUUUUGCUCCCCCAUCCAGGAAGUUACCAGUGUGCUGUGAUGAUGGAACAAUAAACUAUUGGUCAUGUUUGUAAAUGUUGAAAUCUGUGAAGCUUGAGGUCUGGGUGACAGUGUGACAUGUGAUCCGUAUCUGUCAUUAUCAUUGAAGGUCCAAGAGCGUUGGCUGCAGGACAACCUGACGUUGAGGAAGCGCAUCGAGGAGCUGAAGGACGUUACCAAGAAACGAGAGGCUCUGAUGAAGGAUAUGGGGAACAUGCAAGUCCUGCAGCUACACAAGUAAGACCGCCUCCUCGUCCAUGCUCACCUGCACCUGGGAGUGGUCCCAAAACACACAUAUGCUUCUGCUGCUAAUCAGUGCCUCCCAGCUUCCAUAACCAGAUUCCAUGUUAGUGGUGUCAGUUCAUAGGACCUACUCCCUCUUGGUGGAGAUGAAACCCUUGUAGGACUCCUGUUACGAAGUGACCCAUCUGAAAUACCUCAGAAUAUACCCUAGGCCUACACAUCAGGCUGUAAGUGUGCCCUCUUCCCUGGCUACUAGUGAGCAUCGGGAGUCAGAGAGUUGGUGGUGUCAGCUCAUAGAACCUUUUAACACAGAAUCUCUUUGGAGACACCAUCCCUUUUAUCACUGUAACAUGAAAUCUGUGUGUAGUAUGUCUCUGUGUCCUCUGUCCCUCUCCCCUGGUUGUCAGUGAGCGCAGGGAGUCUGAGCAGCGCGUGGACGACCUGAAGAAGAACCGCAGUGUGGCACUGGGCCGACAGAAGGGCUUCGAGGAGGAGAUCAUCCGCUUCCGCAAGGAGCUCCGCGAGGACCAGUACGGCAAGGCCGACGAACGCUUCCGGGACAAGAUGAUCGUCAUGAGGACCACGGAGCUGGCCAACAAGGACCUGGACAUUUACUACAAGGCCCUGGACCAGUGAGUUGUUGACAGGGUGGGUAGGGGGGAGGAGGGUGGUGCGGUGGUGAUGGUGAUGGGUCUGUUUCCAUUAAGACUCAUGGUUGUAGAGGCAGUCGUGUGAGUUUGACUUACAGGAUGUGCAACCAUACCAGUUCCUCAACAACACAAAGGAUAAGCCAUUUAGUCUGAUCAUAUACAUCAUAAUUGAGUAGACCUAUAGUCUAAACUAAUAUGACCAUAUAAUUUAGUUAUUUUCUCAUCUGUAAUAUUUGUCAGGUCAUCUGGCAACACUUGGUGCCAACACUUAAAAUCGGAUAAAGGAAAAGAAAGGGGAACUACUGUGCAUAAUGCUGCUGUUAUCAAUAGUUUAGGUAUUGAUGCCUGGAUGUGACACUCAUCUGGACUCACUAGUCAUACAUAUGUGGGCGAUUUAUCCUACCGCAGACUUUCCAGAUGGUUUGCUGAUGUGAAGUGAGUCAUUACAUGAAACUGAUUCUCUGUCCUCCCCUUCAAGACAAUACGUGAGUUGACAAGUUUUCACUCUUGGUUUGUGAAACUGCAACUAUACAUACCAACAGGUGAUUAGGCUACAUACAUAUCUGCACAAUGACAGUAAUACAGUGCAUUCGGAAAGUAUUCAGACCCCUUGACUUUUUCCACAUUUUGUUAGGUUACAGCCUUAUUCUAAAAUGGAUUAAAUAGUUUUUUCCGCCUCAUCAAUCUACACACAAUACCCCAUAAUGACAAAGCAAAAACAGGUUUUUAGACAUUUUUGCACAUUUAUAUAUGAAGAAUGAUAUCACAUUUACAUAAGUAUUCAGACCCUUUACUCAGUACUUUGUUGAAGCACCUUUGGCAGCGAUUACAGCCUCGAGUCUUCUUGGGUAUGACACUACAAGCUUGGCACACCUGUAUUUGGGGAGUUUCUCCCAUUAUUCUCUGCAGAUCCUCUCAAGCUCUGUCAGGUUGGAUGGGGAGCGUCGCUGCACAGCUAUUUUCAGGUCUCUCCAGAGAUGUUCAAUUGGGUUCAAGUCAGGGCUGUGGCUGGGCCACUCAAGUACAUUCAGAGCUACUCCUGCAUUGUCUUAGCUGUGUGCUUGGGGUUGUUGUCCUGUUGUAAGGUGAACCUUCGCCCCAGUCUGAGGUCCUGAGCGCUCUGGAGCAGGUUUUCAUCAAGGAUCUGUGUACUUUCUUCAUUCAUCUUUACCUCGAUCCUGACUAGUCUCCCAGUCCCUGCCGCUGAAAAACAUCCCCACAGCAUGAUGCUGCCACCACCAUGCUUCACCAUAUGGUUGGUGCCAGGUUUCCUCCAGACAUGGCGCUUGGCAUUCAGGCCAAAGAGUUCAAUCUUGGUUUCAUCAGACCAGAGAAUCUUGUUUCUCAUAGUCUGCGAGUCCUUUAGGUGCCUUUUGGCAAACUCCAAGCGGGCUAUCAUGUGCCUUUUACUGAGUAGUGGCUUCCGUCUGGCCACUCUACCAUAAAGGCCUGAUUGGUGGAGUGCUGCAGAGAUGGUUGUCCUUCUGGAAGAUUAUCCCAUCUCCACAGAGGAACUCUGGAGCUCUGUCAGAGUGACCAUCGGGUUCUUGGUCACCUCCCUGACCCAAGUCCCUUCUCCCCCGAUUGCUCAGUUUGGCUGGGUGGCCAGCUCUAGGAAGAGUCUUGGUGGUUCCAAACUUCUUCCAUUUAAGAAUGAUGGAGGCCACUGUGUUCUUAGGGACCUUCAAUGCUGCAUAAUUUUUUUGGUACCCUUUCCCAGAUCUGUGCCUCGACACAAUCCUGUCUCUGAGCUCUACGGACAAUUCCUUCAACCUCAUGGCUUGGUUUUUGCUCUGACGUGCACUGACAACUGUGGGACCUUAUAUAGACAGAUGUGUGCCUUUCCAAAGCAUGUCCUAUCAAUUGAAUUUACCACAGUUGGACUCUAAUCAAGUUGUAGAAACAUCUCAAGGAUGAUCAUUGGAAACAGGAUGCAGCUGAGCUCAAUUUCGAGUCUCAUAGAAAAGGGUCUGAAUACUUAUGUAAAUACAUUUCUGUUUUUUAUUUUUAAUACAUUUGCAAAAAUGUCUAAACCUGUUUUUGCUUUUGUCAUUAUGGAGUAUUGUGUGUAGAUUGAUGAGGAUUAUUUCAUUUUUUUGAAUACGACUGUAACGUAACAAAAUGUGGAAAAAGGGAAGGGCUCUGAAUACUUUCCAAAUGCACUGUACACGUGCUGUGUAUAUGUUAAAGCUGUAUUGCCCUGUCGAUGGCAGACAGUAUGAUUAGCCUGCAUAAAGGCAGGUCUUGGGAGGAAGUGACAGCUCAACUCUCUCAAUGAGAUAUCAUCUGUGUUGGCUUAGUGGCAUCAGCAGGCAGGCCAGCAGCAUAGCGGUGGUAGGGAUAAUCAGCUCUCUGGUUGUUAUCAUGUAUCCAAUGCAGAGCAUAGAGCCCAUGCAAUCAGUGUGAGUCAACCCUGUGAGUUUGCAUUUGGUUGGAAGUGAAGGAAUGGCAUUGUCUUUUGUCCAAGAUACCAUAAAAAAAAUAUAUAUAUACUAUUGAAAAUAUUAAUGUGUGGAGUGUGUCCCAUUGUCAUGGUUGAUUUAUUGAUCUAUUUUGAAAAUAAUAAAUAAGAAGGGGGAAAAAAAGUAUAUAAAAAUAAAUACAUCGUAAAGCAUAUUGUUCAUUGCAGAAGUCAUUGACUCACCUUAGUGAGCCGUUUGUUUGUUUGGCCAAUUGAACAUGAGAAGUAACAGAUUUAUAUGAAGGAGCUCCUGUCCCCUUAUGUUACCUAACCCACGCCCAAUGAGCUUCUCAUGGUGAUGGUAAUCACUGCCUUCUAAGAAACGAAUUUAUAACUUACAGAUAUGAUCACAUCCUGUAGAUAAUUUAGUAAGCAGAAUAAUAUAUUGUAUUUUUGGCCAUACCAAAUGUCGAAGGGAAUUCAAGAGAAACCGCAAAGCCUGGUCAUCUUUUUUAUUUGCACCCACCUAGAGCUUGGUGAUACAGACAAUAAUCCAUAUCAUGAUAAAUUAAAUAAACGAUAAGUUUUUAACAUUAAUAUGCACAACAGAUACCCUUAUCUACUACUACUUUGACAUUUUUAGCUUUAAAUGUCCUGUUAGCAGUCACCCAUAUUGGCUUGACUUAUUUCAUUUCAAACUUCAAAUUGUUCUAGUAUAGGCUACUCAUUUGUAAAUAACUGUCAGUGAAAUGUCCUCGAUAAGUGGUCGGUGUCUAUGAUUUACAGUUCAUAGUACCAGCUCUACACCCACCCAAUCUUAACAUCUUUAUCCCUCUCAAUCUUUAUUUGAACUUUGUUUUCUAUCACCUACUGUUAGGCCUAUGCCUAAUCCUGUUGAAAAGCAUCAAUGCCAACGUCAUCUUAAAAACUGUGGGUUUUGCCCAUUUUCAGUUGUACCCAAUGUCCUCUUCUACAGAACCAUAAUGAAGUUUCACAGUAUGAAGAUGGAGGAGAUCAACAAAAUUAUCCGGGACCUCUGGCGCAGCACAUACCGAGGACAAGGUCUCUGAGCUAGUAUUAUUUUGAGUGAUUUGUUUUUUAAUUGCACAACUGAAAGCAUGUGCCUGCCUGGAGUAUCAUUUUGUAAUGUUAUAAAUUCUAUAAAAUGAUCAAAUGUAUCCUCAACCCCCAUCCAUCUUGUAUCGCUUCAGCAGCAUGUAGCAGUAUGCUGUGUAACAGGACUGCCCAAUACCAGUUCUAACUAACCUGAUUCAGUUUGUCAACCAACUCGUUUUUAGAAUCAGGUGUGCUAGAUUAGGAGUGUGAACCUAAAGAGCGGUAGCUCUCCAGGAACAGGGUUGGGCAACCCUGCUGCGUAAUGACCACGCUUUGUGUCUGUGUUGUCACCCCAUACUGGAUCAAUUAGUCAUGCGAUUAUCCAUUAAGUCUAAAUGUUCUUCCUCCCUUGCUAUCCUCCAGACAUUGAGUAUGUGGAGAUCCGUUCUGAUGUGGAUGAGAAUUCUUCAGGGGCGGGAGUGAAGAGGAGGACCUAUAAUUACCGUGUGGUGAUGGUGAAGGGAGACACAGCACUGGACAUGAGGGGUCGCUGCAGUGCCGGCCAGAAGGUGCGGUAUUGGAUGCUUCACCUACUUCCUGUAGCUCAAACUGAUUGAGCUCACAGGUAGCUCAUCACAUCAGACAGCUAUAAUCUGGCAUAAUCGUGAGAGGGCAUGGAGGGCAUUACCCCCUUAUGGAUAUAGGUGUGGCAGUGUGUUGGUAAAUGUGAUGAUGACGUGUUGGUGUGCAUGUACGUAUAGGUCCUGGCCUCCCUCAUCAUCCGUCUGGCUCUGGCUGAGACCUUCUGUCUGAACUGUGGCAUCCUGGCCCUGGACGAGCCCACCACCAACCUAGACAGGGAGAACAUUGAGUCCCUCGCACACGCCCUCGUGGAGUGAGUACAUUUGUCCAAUAGCCUGCUUCAUCUGAAUGGCAACAUUUCCCUCGUUUGGUCACCUUGGAGCAAACUUAUGCACUCCAAGGAAAGGUCAACUACAGUGAGCUCCAAAAGUAUUGGGACAGUGACACAUUUGUUGUUUUGGCUCUGUACUCCAGCACUUUGGAUUUGAAAUGAUACAAUGACUGAGGUUACAGUGUGGACUGUCAGCUUUAAUUUGAGGGUAUUUUCAUUCAUAUCAGGUGAACGGUUUAGAAAUUACAGCACUUUUUGUACAUAGUCCCCCCAUUUUAGGGGACCAAAAGUAUUAGGACAAAUUCACUUGUGUAUUAAAGUAGUCAAAAGUUUAGUAUUUGGACCUAUAUUCCUAGCACACAAUGAUUACAUCAAGCUUGUGACUCUACAAACUUGUUGGAUGCAUUUGCUGUUUGUGUUUCAGAUUAUUUUGUACCCAAUAGAAAUAAAUGGUUUUAUUCACUGUUCAUUCAGGAUUAUCUGUAAUCAUGGUAGAAACAUCUUAUUUACAAUAAAAGUGACUCCAAAAUGACACAAUACAUUAUUUACCCUGAAUUUCUAUUGAGCACAAAAUAAUCUGAAACGCAACCAAAUCAAACAGCAAAUGCAUCCAAGCUUGAUGUAGUCAUUGUGUGCUAUGAAUAUGGGACCAAAUACUUAACUUUUGACUACUUUAAUACACAUGUAAGUGAGUUUGUCCCAAUACUUUUCGUCCCCUAAAAUGGGGGGACUAUGUACAAAAAGUGCUGUAAUUUCUAAAUGGUUUACCAAAUAAGGAUGAAAAUGUUGUCUCCUGAGUGGCGCAGUGGUCUAAGGCACCGCAUCGCAGUGCUAACUGUGCCACUAGAGAUCCUGGUUCGAAUCCAGGCUCUGUCGCAGCCGGCCGUGACCGGGAGACUCAUGGGCGGCGCACAAUUGGCCCAGCGUCGUCCAGGGUAGGGGAGGGAAUGGCCGGCAGGGAUGUAGCUCAGUUGAUAGAGCAUGGCGUUUGCAACGCCAGGGUUGUGGGUUCGUUUCCCACGGGGGGCCAGUAUAAAAAAUAAAUAAUAAUAAUAUGUAUUCACUAACUGUAAGUCGCUCUGGAUAAGAGCGUCUGCUAAAUGACUUAAAUGUAAAUGAAAAUACCAUCAAAUUAAAGCUGACAGUCUGCACUUUAACCUCAUAGUCAUUGUAUCAUUUCAAAACAACAAAAAAUGUGUCACUGUCCCAAUACUUUUGGACCUCACUGUAUCUUUAUGUACAAACAUUUUGGGAUUCUUUCAAAAUUCCAGAUUUCAGCUGCAUAGUUGUAGGACACGCACAUUAAUUAUAGUUGUCAUCUAAUUUUGCUGAGCCAAGUCCUUUGCAAUCUGGAAACUGUCAUCACCCCACCAAUUGUUUAUCAUCUUCAUCUACCGCUGUCCCAAACCUAACCCAAAGUGUCAAACUGAACUAUCUGAUCCAAACCUAACCCAGAGUUUCUAACUGAACUAUCUGAUCCAAACCUAACCCAGAGUUUCUAACUGAACUAUCUGAUCCAAACCUAACCCAGAGUUUCUAACUGAACUAUCUGAUCCAAACCUAACCCAGAGUUUCUAACUGAACUAUCUGAUCCAAACCUAACCCAGAGUUUCUAACUGAACUAUCUGAUCCAAACCUAACCCAGAGUUUCUAACUGAACUAUCUGAUCCAAACCUAACCCAGAGUUUCUAACUGAACUAUCUGAUCCAAACCUAACCCAGAGUUUCUAACUGAACUAUCUGAUCCAAACCUAACCCAGAGUUUCUAACUGAACUAUCUGAUCCAAACCUAACCCAGAGUUUCUAAAGAGACUCUGGCAAUGACAGUUUUGCCACUGAAUUCCUUGGUCUGCUUGACUCCCUUGGAUUUACCCAGCUUGUUGACCAUUGACAACCUGACUGGUUCAGACAUUGAGCUCUCUGACCACAAAGUAAUAUCUAUGGAUUUAAAGCCCCCCCCCCCCCCCCCCCCCCCCCCCCCCCUGCAGUUAGUGUACUAUGUCUUUUCACAAUCUCAAAUCUCUCAACCCCAGUCUCAUCUUUGGGGCUCUAGAAGCUCUAUCAGCCCUUAUACCCAGCCCACUGGAAGAUACAGUAUCUCGGUAUGACGACUCUUGCUACACCUCUCAAUGACUUGGCCCCCCUAAAGACCAGAGUAGUUUCAUUCUAGCGCUCGGCCCCCUCGUACACUGAUGAACUGCGCUCCAUGAAAAUGGCUGGGCGGCACCUUGAGCGGCAAUCCAGGAAGUCUGGGCUAUCUAUCCAUGCCCAAAUGUAUGACCACAGCAGAGUACAAAACCCCAGAUUCCAGCUGCAUAGUUCAAUAUAGGACACGCACAUGAAUUAUAGUCGUGUCAUCUAAUAUUUUGGGUUGGAAACCAUCCAGUGUUCAGCUCAUUUACCUGAACACAGGCGAUCAUAAAAAUGUUCAUCCACCCCAGUAUUAAUACGUUUGAAGGCAAGUACAUGUUAGUUCAGCAGAUUUUUAUUUAGGAUGGUUACUGCUGAGAGGAUGAAGGAUUUCUUUAGGCUGUUUUUGCUUGCACCUUUACUCUUCUACCUGACGGCAGAAUUUUGAAGGAUUCGUGCAGUGGGUGGGUGUUGUCAUUGAAGAAAAGUACGUUUUAAAAGUAUAGGAAUACUAUUUGUACAAUAUCUUGACACUACUUUUCUCUGCUCAGAAUCAUCAAGAGCCGCUCGCGCCAGCGCAACUUCCAGCUGCUCAUCAUCACCCACGACGAGGACUUUGUGGAGCUCCUGGGGCGCUCCAACUACGUGGAACACUUCUACCGUAUCAGGAAGAACAUGGACCAGUGCUCUGAGAUCACCAAGUGCAGCGUCUCCUCCCUCACCUCCUACCUGCACUGAGUUAUCAUAGGCAUAUUACACUAGAAAUUUAAUGAAAACAAUUGAUAAAUGCCGACCUGAAAAAUAUGUGUGCGGCCUAUCCAAGAAUUUCCUGUUUGCAGAACAAAAACGUGCACUACAGUACUGUAUUCCAGUUAGCGUUGGGAUCUGUGCCUAAAGCAGACCACAGUAGUUUCUGUUCACUUCAGUUGUUUUAGCAGGGAUUUCUGUUCUUUGAAAGGAUGCAAUUAAUUCAGUUAGUUGGCAGAUUAGACCUGGAGGCCCCGUUGUUGGUUACCACUUUUAUCCGGUUUUCGGCGAAACGCCUCUGUCUUGGUGACGCUUGCUAAUCAACCACAUCUCAAUCAAGAUAUUCAUAAUGUGUCUCAUACAGUUGACUGCAUUAGCUGACGCUGCAAUAAAAUGU